UGGACAGCCAACUGCUCUGAGCGCGGCGCAGGCGGCCCCCGGCAGCUCCUCGGUCUGGGCGGAGCGAGCGAGCUUGGUUGGUUGGCUGCCUGGCUGCCUGGCUGUCAGGGCUGCCUCUCUCCUUUUCUUUCUUUUCUUUCCUCUUUCUCUCCCCCCACCCCCCUUUACUCCCCUCCUCCUGCUGCCUCUGUUGUUGUUGAUGCGAAAGGGGAUCAAGCGAGCAAAAGGACGUCCCCAUUUCCUCGGAGCGUCUGGAGCCGGCUAGAACUUCGCCAAAAGGAGGAGCCCUUGAUGAUUUUUAUUUUUAUUUUUCAGAAAAAUUAUUAGCAGUGGGGUGGUUUUUUUCCUUCCCCCCUUCCCUCCCAUUCUCUUCCUUUUACCUCCUAAUUUGGGGUUUCCCACCCACGCCCGCCCUCCUGUCCUCCCUCCUUUUUCUUAUUCUUGGUUUGAAAAAGAAUAAUUUGGGGGCAGCGAGAAAGAGAGAUCAGGACCAUGGCUCGACCUCUGCCUCUGAAUCCAACUUUCCUACCUCCAACCUACGGGGUGCUGAAAUCUCUGCUGGAAAACCCGCUCAAGCUACCGUUGCAGCAUGAAGACGGUGAGAGAAAUGGGGAGCGGGGGCAAGGGAAAUAAAGGCUGGGGUAGUAGUUUUGGGGUGCCCCCUCGCUUUAUCCCGCUUGCUUCUUCCUCUCCUCUCCUCUGGACCAAUAUAUAAACACACACACACACACACACACACACACACACACACACACACACGGUACAGAGCGCAAAGAUAUUUAAAAGACUGCCUUCUGGCUAAGCAGCAGCAGCAGCGCGCAAAAGCGCAUUUCGUGCAAGCGCGCAAAAGCCCACAUUUAAGUUUGCGCAUCAAUGCAGAGCGCGGUGCGUCCGCCGUGCGCCCCGGGCAGGAGCCGGAGCGCUUUCCUUUAGGUUGUGGAUCCUACAACUCCGUUGCUUGUUGAGAGGCGCCGGGAAUUUUCUCAGGAAAAUACUGCUGAGUUUUGCUCAGCUGGGGUCUAGGGGCGCUUACUCCCAAGGAAGUGUAUUUAGCGCAGCCGGAGUCUAUGCGUUAGGCUUGUGCUGUAACCGUGGGUUUACUGUAAUAGAAACAUUCAUAGGGUUGGACUUUAAUUUGUUUACUAUGGCAUGUGUAGUUAAAGAGUAAGCCAGCUGAUUAUUAUUUUUAUUGCUUUUUUAUUAUUCUCCUUGUUUGUCUGUAAAGCACACUUGGAACACUACUUCUGAAGGUGAUUUAAAUGGGAAGUUAAGGCGCUGGCGUCUUAGUGCUUUUAGAUAUCAAUCAGCUCCUGCCUUCGGUUUUCUUGGAAGUCUUAAUCUUUUAUUUCUGUGGACCCGAGUUCCAAGGAAGUGCAUGCCUAGAAUUACAGCUAUUAAAAAAUUCAGUCUUUCUCUCACGUGGGAGAAUGGAUUUAUGUGCUAGAUUAUUAUUAUUUUUAAAGUUUAAAGAGAAGAAGGCACGCAAAAUGUCUUUCAGCUAUGCUUCUGGAUUUGCACGUAAGCAAAACAGAACCCUUACCAAAUACCUCUUUGCACUAAGAAGCUGCAAUAGGUUUUUGUAAAUAUGUUCGCAAGGACUUAUUCUACAUCUUUUGUAGGUUCUAAGAGUGUGAGUGUUUGUGGUGUUUUUGACACAGAGGGUGCAAUGCACACUCCAUUACAAUUCACAGCAAUGGGGCUUGUUAGCUGUUGCAGACUGCGCAGCACUCAGUAUUUCCCUGUAGUUUUCUAGACAGCUUCAUAUACCGCAUAUGAUAUUUGAGUAUUGCCUGUGCAGGCUGAUCCAAGGCAUGCUUCCUCUAGAGCAAGUCACACUUCGUUCAGUGGGACUUACUCCCAAGUAAGUGCGCAUGGACCUGUAGCAUUCGGUCUUGUGAGUGACACACAGCAAUCCACGAAAUCCAUAAAUAAGAAAAGGACACAGAGAUUAUAAUGAUUUUUCCAGAGGGAGCGUAUCUGGAAGGAAAGUUCAGAAUUAAUCCAAGAUCAUGGCAAAUCAUAAACGGUCAGUUGUGGACAGCUGAUCUCUUUCCCUAAAUCCUAGAAACAUAUAUGGGUCUGUAAACCCUUUUAAAAAAAAGAUACAGUGGUACCUCGGGUUAAGUACUUAAUUUGUUCCGGAGGUUCGUUCUUAACCUGAAACUGUUCUUAACCUGAAGCACCACUUUAGCUAAAGGGGCCUCCUGCUGCCACCACGCCGCCGGAGCCCAAUUUCUGUUCUCAUCUUGAAGCAAAGUUCUUAACCUGAAGCACUAUUUCUGGGUUAGUGGAGUCUGUAACCUGAAACGUAUGUAACCUGAAGUGUAUGUAACCUGAGGUACCACUGUAUAUUGAUCAAUAUGUUGACCACUGUGUCCUUUGAGGCUCUUAACUUCCUUAGAAAUUUAGGCUGCAGUCUAGCCUGUCUAUAGGAUCCUCUACCCACCAGGGAUUAAGCCCCAUUUAACACAACAGAGCUUAUGUCUGAGUAGAUGUGUAACUCUGCUUAUUUGAAUCUUCGGGCUGUUAUAGUGCCUUUUUUAUCCAGCAUAAUGACAGGAAAUCUCUUUUUAUGCAUCUCAGUCUUAAACCCAGUUUAUGUGGAAGUCAAGACUGAGCUACAAGAUACGUUGGAAAUCCUUGAUUACGUCUCUCUUCUUCCUGUACUGAAACACAGCUGUGGGAUGCGGUGAAUAUAUUUGUUUGUGUGUGUAUAUAGCAUUUAUAUCCCACCUUUUGCUCUGGGAAAGCUCAAGGUGGUGUACAUGGUCCCCCCACCCGGAUUUAUUCCCCACAACAAUCCUGUGAGGUAGGUUAGGCUGAGAGGCGGUUACUGGCCCAAGCUCACCCAGUGAACUUGAUGGCCAAGCGGGGCCUUGAACCCUGGUCUCCCAGGUCCUAGUCUGAUACUCUAACCACUAUGCUACACUGACUCCAGUGGCUUUACUCUGAGUAGUGGAAAGAAUGGGUGUGUUGACUGUCUCCCUUUCUCCACAGCCACUUUCCCAGUGAAAACCUAAAUUAUGGCAGCUGUUAGUCCUAAUGUACCUGUAUUCCUCAGUCCUAAGGGGCAAACAGUUCAUAUGCAUUCGUGGCUUCAAGCAAAUGUGAACUGUGAAGAACAAAACGCUGCAACAACCGCCCGCCCCCCCAAACCAACACCCAAAUGUUUUGGGUGUAUGGGGCAGAAUAGAUCAGGACAAUGGUAGAUACAGAAGUGGGGGACUUCAGCCUUGCCUUUCCAGCUCUCUGUUCUUGCUGCUAAAGCAGUUAAGUUAAAAACCAAGGGAGAUCAAUGUGUGGGAACAUCCUAUGCAGUACAGCGACCACCGUUUUUUGUUGGGAAAGAUUCAUUUAAAUCACACAAUUUACUUCCACAUUAAAUAACCUUUUGUUUGCUCAUUUACGUCUUUGCAAUCAAAGACCAUUUCUGCUCGUGUGCUGCAUGCUUUUAAUCACCAGGACAUUCUAGUAUAUUGUGAACUCUGCUUUCUUGUGGACGAUAGAGGCUAUUAUAUUUAUUUGUCUCGAUCAAUGGGACCAUGGUAUGUCUUGUGAGCUAUAGGCUCCGCAACUUUGUAAAACAGAAAACAAUUCAGGUCAUUCUUCAGAGCCAGACAAUUAGGUUUUUUGAGAGGAGUGGGGUGGGGAUCAAACUUCUCCUUUAAAAGUUUAGCUCUCGGGAAGUUCUCCCGUUAAAACCCUAUUGGGAUAAACUGGAACCCUGCAAGACUCUGAUUCAUCUCAGUGGGCUUUGUGCAAGAGAACUUGCUGGCAGAGUAAGGGCCUGUUGGAUUUUUCAACUUUCAGAUUCCCCAAACAAGGGGUGUUAAAAAGUUGUAACAUGACUUGGGAAUUCAGAAGAUGUUUUGGUGAAAGGAAGGCAGUCUAGUUUUGCUUGGGAAGGAAAAUGUGUGUAAAAUUGCACGGAAAUCACUAAAAAGGAUUGUCACGCACUUGCAGUUUUUAUUAUUAUUAUCAUUAUCGUUAUCUCAUUUAGCGUUACCUGUCAUUUUCAGAAGGUAAAAUUAAAUCUCUUUGGUUUUCCCGAGAGCAGUUUAUGUGCUUUUUAAUUAGACGUAGAAUAGCAAAGCGAAGUGUUGCCCAAUCACAAAAAUAAUAGCAGGUUUGACUUUCACACACACACACACACACACACACACACACACACACACACACUAUUUUAAGACCGCCCCUCAUUGAAUAAAUUGGCAAAAAUUAAGUUUCAUCCUCUAAAAUGACACUCUCAACUUGUGGAGCAUGUCCUUUUAGGCAAUAUUUGUUCUAAUUUCUCCCUCCCUCCCUCCCUGCAUUGCAAGGGGUUGGACUAGAUGACCCUUGUUGUCCCUUCCGAUUCUACGAUUCUAUCAUCUCUCUCUCCCGCUUCCCCCUUUCCCCGCCUCCAAUUCCGUCUUCUGCUGCGACUGCUCUGAUGAAACCUCACAGUGUUGUUUGGAUCUUGACGUUUGCUCGAAGCCAAGUGUACAGAUGAAUUGCUAAUUAGAAACAGAGGCGGAAACCCUGCAUAUAUUUAAUGAGUCGAAAAUAAUUUAUCCCAGGCCCUUCAAAACCCUAUACCGAAACGUAGAGCUUUCCGUACGGAGAGAGCCGUAAUUGCAGGAGGAGAACCGACUCUUAGGGUUGCUGUUGUCGUUUUCCUAUAAAGCAAGAAAGAAAACAAGCAAACUCCUCUGUGGACAUACUGACUUUUCGCCCCCUCCCUGUCCCCUCUCUCUUUCUCUUUCUUUCCCUUUCAGGGUUUUAUAAAGAAAAAGACAAAGAGAAAAAGCUGGAUGAGGACAAUACUAAUGCUAUGGUCCCACAGUCCGCUUUUCUGGGUCCUACAUUAUGGGACAAGACCCUUCCCUACGAUGGCGACACUUUCCAGUUGGAAUACAUGGACCUGGAAGAGUUUCUCUCGGAGAACGGCAUUCCGCCCAGCCCGGCCCAGCAUGACCACAGCCCACACCAACCAGCUCUUCAGCAAUCUACCUCAGCAUCACCUUCCGUCAUGGACCUCAGCAGCAGAGCAUCUACGUCGGCCCACCCUACCAUGGUUUCUCAGAACUGCAUGCAGAGUCCAGUCAGGCCAGGUAAAUCAGCCGUAGGAGAUUUGUUGGGGAGACUCGAGUGCAAACAAACAGAAUGAUUGUGUGUGUUUUUGUGUGAGUGUGUGUGCGCGCAUACAUACACACUAGGGGCUGUUGUGCCUCAACAACCAAUCCCCUCCUAAUCAGUCAGUCAGUCAGUUUUAUUGCAUAUAGCCAAAGGCUGCUGCAAUGUACACAAGACAUCAUUCAACAAUUAAAAGAAAAUAUUCUGGAUUAAUACAAAAACUCAAAACAUUUAUAUUAUCAAGACAUUACUUACUCUAAACAGAGCUACAAAGGUAAAGGGACCCCUGACCAUUAGGUCCAGUCGUGGCCGACUCUGGGGUUGCGGCGCUCAUCUCGCUUUAUUGGCUGAGGGAGCUGGCGUACAGCUUCCGGUUCAUGUGGCCAGCAUGACUAAGCCGCUUCUGGCGAACCAGAGCAGCACACGGAAACGCCGUUUACCUUCCCACCGGAGCGGUACCUAUUUAUCUACUUGCACUUUGACGUGCUUUCGAACUGUUAGGUUGGCAGGAGCAGGGACGAAGCAACGGGAGCUCAAUCCGUCACGGGGAUUCGAACCGCCGACCUUCUGAUCGGCAAGUCCUAGGCUCUGUGGUUUAACCCACAGCGCCACCCGCGUCCCUUAAACAGAGCUAUAAAAGUACCUUAAUAUACAGGUUAAGACAUUAAACAAUAAAAUGUAUAGGCUAAAAUCACCACAUGGCCACUAACAUAUUAAAAAAGAAUGUUAAUUAAUACAAUGUGCAAUUAUAUUCAGAGUUUGGUGAUAAAGAUAGAAUAUAGCUUGAUGUAGAUAGGGUCAAAUAAAUUCAUCUCCUUUACAGUUGGUGGCUAUCUUGGCUGUAUAAUUUGCUCUAAUUUUCCUAGUGGCAGUUGCAAAGAGUGCUACACGCCAGGUCACAUGCUUAUCUAUGUCUGCGAGGAGAUAUAAAAUCAUGCCAGAGGGGUUCUAGCCAGGGGACCUUGUCAUUAUAGGUGCUAAAAAUCGUUCUCUUGCUUCAUUAUAUAAGGGGCAGCGCAACCCCCUCCUAGAGCUUCUUCUUUCCACCCCAUGUCUUACAUCCCCACACCCCACCCGUUGAUCGUGAAUUCCACACAACCAGUGCUAUUUUUCUAGAAAAAGAGUUCUGGCAGGGAAAAAAAGCCUUGCACACAACAUACCCUGAUCAUGAACUUACUUAAUUUGGAAUAAAGUUCCAGCUUAUUCAAGGAGGUUUAUUUCUGUGGCCAGUUUGUAUGUUGCUAGCAACAAGGUUUGCUUUUCCAGCAGCUCCUUCCUGUGCCAUCUCAGUAACCUUUAUAAAAUAACAAUAAUAAGGAUACCAGUAUCCUGCCCAUUUGACUGAGUCGCCUCAGCCACACUGGGGGGCUUCCAACAUAUAUAAAAACAUAAUACAGCAGUUCCCGAACGCCUCCGUUAUCGUACGUUUCGGCUCCCGAAUGCUGAAAACCCAGAAGUAAAUGCUCCGGUUUUCGAACGUUUUUCGGAACCCGAACGUCCGGCGCAGCUUCUUGUUGAGUGCAAGACGCUCUUGCAGCCAAUCAGAAGGCGCGACUCAGUUGUCGAACAUUUCGGAAGUUGAACGGUUUGCCGCAACAGAUUACGUUCGACAACCGAGGUUUUACCGUAAAACAUCACACUGCUAUUUUUCUAGAAAAAGAGGUGCCAGAACUCACCAUGAACGCCUCCCUUAUUCUUCUAUAAUAGCAGUGGCACCCACUUGAGAGGUGCCGGAAUGGAAUCCAAGUGAGUUCCAGCCCUGAAAUCACACACUAAAAAGUUUCCCUGUACAGGGCUGCCUUCAGAUGUCUUCUAAAAGCCAGGUAGCUGUUUAUUUCCUUGACAUCUGAUGGGAGGGCGUUCCACAGGGCGGGCGCCACUACCGAGAAGGACAUCUGCCUGGUACCCUGUAACCUCACUUCUCUCAGUGAGGGAACCGCCAGAAGGCCCUCGGAGCUGGACCUUAGUGUCCAGGCUGAACGAUGGGGGUGGAGACGCUCCUUCAGGUAUACUGGGCCGAGGCCAUUUAGGGCUUUAAAGGUCAGCACCAACACUUUGAACUGUGCUUGGAAAUGUACUGUGCUUUAGUCCAGGAAGAACACGAGGGGUUCCAAUUCCCAUUCAGACAUGGCCCUCCAGAUUUAAAAACUGCUGUUUUUGCUGCAACAGUUUGCAGUUUUAUUACGGUGCGAGCUUUUGUGGACCGCAGUCCCCUUCACCAAAUGUUAUGAAGUGUUAUCCUGAGUUGCAAAUACAUACAUAUGCAUUCCUGGUUGUUUCUAGGGUGGGGUGGAAGGAGAGAAAUGUAGCUGAAGUGAGCAGGAAAUGGAAUGCAGAAAAGUGCAGGCUGUGAGAAUUGCGUUUCUUCAAACCAAAACCCAGACCCAGUUGUUGUUUAUAACACAGAAACCCCAACAUUGGUAAGCCAAUCGACACAUACAGUGUGAUAAAAAUCCUUUGAUUCAAUCUACAAGUGGAUGGCACCAAAUCUCUUGAUGAUUUGCAAUUCUGUGGUUUCAAGCUGCGUUUUCCCUUUUGGAGUUUCUUUGUUGAAAGAUGGCUGCUAAAGUCAGUUCUGGGGUGACCAGGGUGGCUGAAAUACUCCCCCACCCCCCACUAUUAUUUACUUAUUCAUUUUGCCAUUUCUGGCGCCAGGUUUGUAUCCAUUUGUUCUUUUGCGUCGAGACUGUCCUGUCGGUCACGACUUAAAAUGGAUGAAAAUCUAGAUUCCCGCCCCAGGGCUUUCGAACGAUGGGUUCUCCAUCAGUGGGAAAGAACUCCUAAAAGUAGCUACUGUCAAACACAGAAAACAUCAAGAAACCUGCAUCUUCCAUGUAAGGCUUUUGCAGGCAAGCGGAACUUGCUAUAUUUUUAGCAACCAAGUCCUCAUUUGCUUUCCGUAGGAGAAAGUCAUCUAACUAUUCCGUUUCCUAUUGCACAUUAGCCUAGAAAAUAAAAACGGUUUGAGAUUUAAUGGAUCUUGAUAAGGAUAUGAAAUUUCUGGCUUGGAUUUUAUCCCCCUUUUCUUUUGCAACUUGCAAAAAGCAGCAUCUGGCUGCUCCACCAACAACAUGUGCCAGCAAGGGCUUAUAUUAGUGAGGUGUUGUUGUUUUUCGCUGUGAUUAUGCCAAGGACCUGGCUUGCAAGGAGAGAGCCACGAGUCUGGAUUUCCAAAACAAGGGACUGUGGGGCCCCAUUGGGGGCUGAUGUUGUGAGAAAAGCAAGCUUUCCUAACUGGCGUUUUCCUGAUACAGCUAAUGGGAGUGGGGAAUAGCUUGGUCGAUUCCUGAUUCUUUCCUUCUGCAGCUCCCUGCCCUGCAGCUGGGCUGCGAAACUGGAAGCAAGCCCUGCUGUGAGUUAAAAGUGCUAGGGGAAGGAUGUGCAAUGGGGAAUUGGUGGGUAUUAGCAGGAGAGGGUUGCACCGGCCUGCCUCCCACCUGCUGAUUCUCCCUUGGAAAAGCAGCCUUGCAUUUAUGUUCUCUUGGCAAGGGCUCAUUUGCACAGGCAGCAUUAUGAGAUCAUUUGCAUGGAACUGUUGUAAAAGGAUUAGUUAUCUAUAGGGCCUGUCCUGAGUGGCAUCUGUGAGCAGGAUUUCCCCUGGCAGAGGCCUUGUCAAUGGGCUCAUCCUGGAAAGGUUGUCCUCCCCACCUAACGUUUCCUUCUGGAAGUGCUCACAUGACAACUUCGAAAAGCCUCUUAGCGAGCUCGGAACAUCGUGUUGCAAACGGCCCCGGGGCUGCUGAGUUCUGAAAGAAAAUUGCAAAACGGCUCGGAGCAUUUAUAAUAGAGAAGCAAUCUGGAAGUGGUUUCAAAUUAAGGGGGGAGUUCAAAAUUUGCUUCAUAGGGAAUAAGCUUCACUGAAUAUAGUGGGCCUUCUAGCACGACCCUAGGAAUCCUUACUCGGAAGUAAGGAUUCACUUUCUGAAACAAUACGCUAACUGAAAUUCAACCAUCCUUCGAAAUGCGCACUUUUCCGAAUUUUAUUUCUCCAGGCACGUAAUGUGUACAAGCAUGGGUUAAAGUGUGCAGAUAAACGCAUCUGUUCCUGAAGCAUUAUCUUCGGGGAAAUCGCGUUGCAAAAAUGUGUGCGUUGGGCAAAAUUGCGCACGCAAAUGUGUUUAUUUGGAGCCAGACGCAGUUUCCUGGAGCAGGAACUGCUCCACUCUCCCCUAUCCUGGGACAGGCUUCAAAUCUGAGACUGUUUUCAAAAGCAUGAGAUAAGAAGUCCAGAUAAAUAAACAGAAUGACCAGCGUUGGGAGUGGAACAUGGUGCAAACCUCCUCCUGAGGAACCUAUAAAAACAUGUUUCUUGUCCGUGAAAAGCUAGAACUGUGCUUGGUUCUUCUGCCACUAACUUGGCGUUGUUUUUAUCCUGUGGUUAGUUUUGUUCUUCUGAAAACAGGGCCUAAUGUCAUAGCAUUGCUUGAUGACUUGUGUGGCAUCACAGAUAAAACUUGUGUUUUGAAUGAAGUUGACUCUGAUGGAGGACUUUCCCUUAAGUGUCGUCAAGUGUUGAGUAAACCAGUGAUCUGAACGCAUGUGUGAAAUGGCUCCCAAGUGGCUACCUUGAGUUGAAAAGGCUGCACGUUGCGGUUUAUGUAGUUUCGCUUGGCCUCCAAAGGCUGCUUGCGGUGUCAUGCCCACGGAAUAAAAAUGUGUGUUUUGUACCACACGUGCGCAUGGCAGAGGACCACAGCCAAUCUGGGCUUACUGACACAGUUCCAUGCACCACAGGUGUGAAUGGGUCACACUGUUGCUUUUUUAGAUGUAUAAAUAAAAAGUUUGUGUGUGUGAAGGAGUGUUGAUAGAAAACGUUAUUAAGACUUCCUGAGCUACAUGACCCCAAUUCAAAUUUGCUUGGGAAGAAAUCGCUCAAUGGGACAGAUGUGCUUAAGUGUUCCUGGGUCUUGCUGAUUCUCAACCUCCAUUGCCAGGUUUCCUCCAGCUGGGCUUACUAGCAGUACAUGGGGAAAGGGUUUAGGGGUCUUGGUGGACCACAGGCUUAACAUGAGUCAACAGUGUGAUGCAGUAGCAAAAUAAAAGCUAACACUAGUCUAGGUUACAUCAACAGUAGUGUAGUGUCUAGAUCAGCGGUUCUCAACCUGUGGGUCCCCAGAUGUUGUUGGACUACAACUCCCAUCAUCCCUGAGCUCUGGCCUUGCUAGCUAGGGGUGAUGGGAGUUGUCGUUCAACAACAUCUGGGGACCCACAGGUUGAGAAAGGCUGGUCUAGAUCAAGGGAAGUCAAAGGGCCACUCUAUUUUGGCUUGGUCAGACUUGGAAUACUGUGUCCAAUUCUGGGCACCAUAAUUUAAGAAGGAUGUUGACAAGCUAGAACGUGCGCAGAGGAGGGCAACAGAGAUGAUAUGGGGUCUGGAAACUAAGCCUUAUGAGAAGUGGUUGAAGGAGCUGGGUAUGUUCAGCUUGGAAAAGAGGAGACUGAGAGGAGAUAUGAUAGCCAUCUUCAGAUAUCUCAAGGGCUGUCACAUGGAAGAUGGAGCAAGCUGCUCUGGAGGGUAGGAUCCAAACUAAUGUCUUCAAGUUACAAGAAAGGAGAGUCCUAAACUUUCUGGCAGUAAGAGCUGUUCGACAGUGGAACAGACUCCCACGAGAGGUGGUGAACUGUCCUUCCUUGGAGGUCCCUAAGCAGAGGUUGGCUGACCAUCUGUCAUGGAUGCUUUAGCUGAGAUCCCUGCAUUGCAGGGGGUUGGACGAGAUCACCCUUGGAGUUCCUUCCAACUCGAAGAUUCUAUGAUUCUGCUACAGUCCUUGGACCAAAAGGACCUUUUCCAAUGGAUCCUUAAGUGGCAUAGGAACGGCUGAGCAACCUGUUGAUUGUUCCCUGUAAAUGCCUACCACAACCUCCAGCAGAAGUUCAUCUCUUGUUCUAUGUAGGUCAGCCCUGAGAGAAGGAGAAAAGUCUCCUUGCUUCUUUGUUUCAAAGGUGUGUUCAAUCUGCGUGCCUAUUUGAAAAGGCCACAAAAAUACGACAGUUUGUUUCCGAGAGCCGAUUAAAAUGUUUAGAAAGGCACGUGGUUUAGCCCUCAGCUAUUUGUUUGUGUUUGUGUGUGUGUGUGUGUGUGUGUGUGUGCAAAAGGUAACUCAGAGUGACUUACAAAUAACAGAACGUGCAUCAAAGCUCAUAUAGAACUAAAGGAGAGCAAAAACUAAAAAAGAACUUUCAUAUAUAUAUAUCUCAGAACUAAAAUAUCAUACACACUGAAGGAAGCCACAGAUAAAAACCUCAGGCCUGGCUGAAAAGAAACGUUUUUGCUUGGUACUGAAAGAUACAUAAUGAUGGUGCCAGACAAGCCUUCCUGGGGAGAGCGGUCCCUAAGCAGGGAGCCACCACUGAGAAGGCCCACACUCUGCAUCUCAUCGUAGGGGGAACACACAGAAGGGCUUCAGAUUAUUAUUGCAAGGUGUUGUUUGGUUUAUGUGGGGAAAAGUCAUCCUUGAGGUACAGUGGUACCUUGGUUCUCAAACGCCUUGUUACUCAAACAACUUGGAACCCAAACACAGCAAACCUGGAAGGAAGCCAAAUGUGGUCCGUUUUGAGUGUUGUGCUUCUGAUUUGAGUGCCACACUUCUGUUUUGAGUGUUACGCUUCCGAUUUGAGUGAAACACUUCCAUUUUGAGUGCCACACUUCUGUUUUGAGUGUUACGCUGAGGUCUGUCGGUUUUUGCUAUUUAUUUUGCGUUUUUGUUUUUGCGGCUCUUUUUGUUUUGUUUUUGUGACUGUGUGGAACCCAGUUCAGCUAUUGAUUGAUUGUGUGACUGCAGUACAUUGUUUAUUGCUUUCAUUUUAUGGAUCAGUGGUCUUGUUAGAUAGUAAAAUCCAUGUUAAAUUGCUGUAUUAGGGGUUGUUUUUAAAAGUCUGGAAUGGAUUAAUCCGUUUUGCAUUACUUUCUAUGGGAAAGCGCGCCUUGGUUUUGGAACGCUUUGGUUUUGGAAUGGACUUCCGGAACGGAUUAAGUUUGAGAACCAAGGUACCACUGUAUUGGGGUCCUCAGCAGCAUAAGGCUGUCUAGGUAAAAUUGAGCCUCAAACAUAAGGGGAGAGAAGGUUUUGCUGAAAGGCCUGGCUGGGCCCCUUUGGCAUGUCUGUUCUUUCAAGGUACAGGGAGAAACAUUCAGAUAAGCAACUUCCACACUGCUCAACAUGUUGGGAGGACUCUACCAGUUGCCUUGCUGGACAUUUGAAUCAGCUCUCUAACACAAGCCACAUGCACCAAGCCGUGUCGCAGGGGAGGGCAAAUGAUUAGAACGGCAAUCUUCUGCUGUUUCGGGAGACUGCCAACUUUUUAAUGAUCACCUGUCAGAGUUAAUUUGCAACCUCUGUUAUGGGUCAGUCAUUCGUGUGAUUUGUGCUCUCGGUUGGUCAUUCAAAGCUCCCCCCCCCCGGUCCCACUAGUCGUCCCCCCCCCCCGAAGUCUGCAUGCAGCACCGUUGGAAAUCUCAAAGCAUGCUGAUAAACUUUUCCUUCAGCAAAGUUGUUCUGGUUGCAGGUUUUCUUUUGUAAUAUUCAUGGAUUCCUCUCAUACUGAAAGAACAAGGCCCAAGGCUGACUUUGACUCACCAGGGCUUAAGUCCAGGAAAGUUGUUUUCAGUUUAGCUCGGCAACAUGCGAGACUAAUAACAAGGAAAGGGGCUUUGGGGCAUAUGGAGAGUGCAUUUUCUUCACCGCUCAGUGACCCAAGUAGCGCUUAUGAGCUUUGGGAUUUUGGAGGGUUUGGUAUUCUGGACGUUGACUUUCAGGAAAUCUCAGCUCUGCUCACUGUAGAAACUAGCUCAGUGGCAGAGCGCUGAAUUCCUGUUGAGAGGACCUGAGGUUCAGUCGCACGCAGGGGUAGCCAGUGUGUGGUGUCCUUUGGACAUUGUUGGAUAGCAGUUCCCAUCAUCUCUGACCACUGGCCAUGUUGUCUGGGGCAGUCCUGGAUUUAUGUAUAAGCUAAACAAGCUAUAGCUCAGGGCCUCACUCUCUUGGGGCCCCCCCAAAAAAUAAAGGAAAAAAACAACUGGAUGUACAUUUCCAAAAUAUAAGAUUAAUUCAACAAUUUGAUAAAAUACGUGUUUUGUUAUGUACAAAUGGAUUUAGAUACCUAUUAGGUCCAUAAAUUACCAUAUAGCAUAUAUUCAGCACAAAAAACAGUGGCAAUUGGUUGUUGACAAAGGACAGCUGGACAUAUAAAGGGCCCCAUUACCUUCAGUAGCUUAGGGCCUCAUCAAACCUACAUCCAGCCCUGGUCUGGGGCUGGUGGGAGGUCAUAGAGUCAUAGACUUGGUUUUAUGGAAAAAUGGAAGCCUUUUCCAGACCAUUUAAAGAAAUAUUAUAAAAUGAUCAAUUCACAAACAGGAUUUGAACUACGAGCAACAUCCAGAAUGAGAGAUUAUUUUUUUGUGGUUAUGAUAGAAAACAGUGAAGCUAGUCCUCUUGGAUAAAAUGACCAAAAAAAAAACUUUUAAAAAGAAUUGGAAAAAAUUACAAUCUAUUUAAGAGACCAUUGCAAGCAGAUGAAAACAUUAGCAGGAUUUUAAUCUCACUUGUAAUGUAAUAAAUAUUAUGGACAAUAUGGAUUGAUAUAAAAUAUAGAUUAUAGAAUAAUAUGCAGUUGUAAAUGCUGACAAUAGGAACCAUGAAGGCGGUGGGGGAGAUUCAGAGUUAUCUCUGUAUAUGGAUGAGCAUUGGGAUUGUUAUAAUUUUAUAUUAGUAAAAUCAAAUAAAAAUAAUAAAAAUAAAACAGUGACGUUAGGGUACAGCAAAGGGAUAGAAUAAAAAAACAACCACCAUGGGAAAUGGGAUGGGAAGUCGAUAGAACAAAAGAAAAAAAUAUAUUAUGAAUUGGAACCUUAUGGGAAAUUUAAUAAAAUAUGUUAUAAAAGAAUUGUAGAGGUGGGAGGGACCACAAGGAUUAUCUAGGCCAACCUCCUUUAAUGUGGGAAAUCUUUUGCCCAAUGUGAGACUUGAACCCACGACUCUGAGCUUAACAGUCUCAAGCUCUACCAACUGAGCUACCCCAGGAGAACAGCGGCCAGUUGGGGAAGUGCCAUUGAGGCACACUGUUGACCUCAGUGUGACUACUGCUUACUGGGGGCAAGGCAGUGGGUGCAGCUUUCAGUUAAAAGGACCUAGUAGUAAAGGGAUGGGGAAUUGGUGGCCCUACAGGUGUUGUUGGGCCCCACGAGAUGCAGCCGGCAUGGCCAAUGGGCAAGGAUGAUGGAAGUUGCAAUAUAGCAACAUCCAGAGAGCUACGAGUUUCCAGCUCCCUGCAGUAGCAGGUAAUGGGAAAGACCUGUGCUGAGGGUUCUGGAGAGCUAGGUAAAGGUAAAGGUACCCCUGACCAUUAGGUCCAGUCGUGGACGACUCUGGGGUUGUGCACUCAUCUCGCUCUAUAGGUUGAGGGAGCUGGCAUUUGUCCGCAGACAGCUUCCGGGUCAUGUGGCCAGCAUGACUAAGCUGCUUCUGGCGAACCAGAGCAGUGCACGGAAACACUGUUUACCUUCCCGCUGGAGCAGUACCUAUUUAUCUACUCACACUGGUAUGCUUUUGAACUGCUAGGUGGGCAGGAGCAGGGACCGAGCAACAGGAGCUUACCCCAUCGCGGGGAUUCGAACCACCGACCUUCCGAUCGGCAAACCCUAGGCUCAGUGGUUUUGACCACAGCGCCACCUGUGUCCCUGCUGCCCAAAACUGUUAGAAUAAGCAACAGACUUUAAUUAAGACCCACAUACUGAGAGUCGGAAAGCCACUAAAGCAGUGGCGAGCUCAGUGGCCUUCUGGAGUUGUGAGUUACAUUUCUCCAUCUCCUUCCCUCCUCACUUCUCCCGUUAACGAAUAAGGGCUGCUGUUUUCAAGUAAGAAAUCCGGCUUCACCUUUAUACCCAAGUCUGUCUUCCACCAGGCAAGGCAGAGCAGAAGGGACACUUAUACAUAUCUGGUGGAGCUGUGAAAAAAUCAAAAGCUUCUGGGAUAUAGUAUGUGAUGAACUUAAAAAAUGUUUAAAUAUAACUUUGUGAAAAAUACAGAAGCUUUCCUGUUAGGAAUAACAGACACAGGUAUAGCAAAAGAAGAUCGGAAAAUAUUCCUUUAUGCCACAGGCGCGGCGAGGACCUUAAUUGCCAGAAAUUGGAAAAAAGAAUUUGUGCCAACAAAAAAGGAAUGGCAGGAUAAAUUAUCAGAUUAUACUGAAUUGGCCAGAUUAACAGAGACAAUUAGGGGACAACCUAGACAAGAAUUUCAAAAAGAAUGGGGAAAAUGCAGAGAACACUUUACCAGACAGUGCCCCAAAAUAUACACGUGGACUUGUUUUGAUUAAUUUCUACAGGAGACUUUGCGGUUUAUAAGUCAUAAUUAGGAAAAAUUGUAAUAAUCACAUAUAAAAGAAACAGUAUAAAAGAAGUAAAUAAGGAGGCCAUUUGCAGGAUAAAGGAUGUCUUUUAUUUUUAUGUUAUGUUUUCUUUGUUUAAGGGGAUAGGAGUUUAAUUUUGAUAAUUAAAUUGUCGAUGGUGGUGGGUUGGUUUGUAUGUAUGAGUUGUUGUGGACCAUGUUGUAAAUAAAGUAUAAAGAAGAAGAAGAAGAAGCAAGUCAAUAGGACUUAAUCCCAGGUUACGUUUGUAUAGGGUUGCUUCCUAAAUCUGGCUCAUGAAAGUGAACACAAGGUUCUGAAAAUCCGGAUUUGGAGGGAAAAUUGAUAAAAAGAAGCCUUUGGAUGUGAGCGCUUCCUUUAGAGGGGAGUAUAGAAAUCAGUUUGGGGUCUGCGAGGAGAUCUAACUCAGCAUUUGGCUGUGCUUUUUAAAUUUGCCCUGUGGCUGGCUUUCUAAUAUAUUUUGCAUUAUUUUACUGCAAAACUCUGAAGUUAUUAUUGGGCUUGGGAACGUGCCGUUCCCCAGCCUGUGUUGUUGGCAAAGCUGUGAUGUCACUUUGAUAAUUAUACCCUUGAUGUACCCUGAAGCACAUGCAUUCUGUCGUGUCGUCUUAGAGGGUUGCUUUGGGAACCCGGCUUGUGUUUUGCGUCCCUUGAACUUUAAGGUGCAGGCGAUGAAACCCGCUAGGCCUGUAGCACCUUAAAACCCGGGGCCUGCGUGAUCAAAGCUCGACAAAUUUGAACGGAAUGCCUCUGCCGAGUUCACUGAGCUUUGGAGGAGUUUUCUUGGCAGAAUUAGGCCAGUCAUGCGCAAAACACUGGGGCGGAAUUAGCACAUUGUGCAUGUGGGUUAAAGGCAAGGAUCGCCGACUCAAAACUUCCCAUGAAAUGCAUGUAGCACGGAUGGCAUAGAUAUACAGCCAGGGCUUACUGUACCUCUGGGCCUUGGCAUCUGUUUUUAAUAGGAGGCCUCCACCCUGGAACAAAUGAAGUAAAACGAAAUCGAAGUGUCCCAGAGCAGGCGCAGAAUUCAUUUCUUCUAUCACUAAGUUAACUAGAGAGGGAGGGAGAGUCCUUCAACUUGAGGGAACGCAGGGGGGAGCUUCCAAAUUCAGGGGUGCUUUGUUUUCCUGACAGAACUAAACUGCAGCACAUUAAUUCUGGAAAUCAAGCUUUGUGCACAGUCAAGCAAGCAAGCAAACAAGCACUGAUUCUUUCAGAAUAUUGUGAAGUGUAGUUCACAUUGCUCUCAGAAGAAAUUCUAUAAGCCCUCAGGCAACCUUAAUGGUUUUUGGAUAGAAACAUGCCAAAUACUGUACUCUGGGGCUAGAAAACAUAGUGCCUAUGAGGCACUUUUUGUGUAGUGUGUUUCCUUUAAAAAAAGUUUCUAGUCCCCAAGAAAAAUAUUUUGAAGACAUGACGGCGAGUCAUGCUAGCGGUUGAGAACUGACAAGCCCCACAGAAGCAAGUUUAAAUUUGUGAUGUAUUCUGCCCCACUAAAUCUCCCAAGGACCAACUCACAUGACCACUGUGGGGCUCUCUCCUUUUGGAACGAUGUAUUUGAGCUUUCAGUAUAAGGCCGCAGUGGAACGACCACAGAUGAUGGUAAAUAUGGAGUCCAGACCAGACCAGUGUGGUAGAAUGGAGUAGGGAAUCAUGGUAGUCACACCAUAAAUCCUCACCAGUCAUGUGAAUUGGUACAGAGCAAAAAGAACAGGAGAGACUUCAAAACGGUGCUCCUCUCGCCUACCUUCUGAAGUGGUGCGGUCCACUGUACCACCUCAGUGGCCACAAGGAAAAGUUUUUCUGAAAAUAGAAGGUUUCAUAAGUUGGCUUCCAUACAUGGGCUUCCUUGGUGAGGUUGUUCCUUGGUGUGUAGGGCUAUGGCAGAGAAGACCUUUACCCCUACGGAAGAUGCUUCUUAUGGCAGGAGGUUCAACAACAGAGCCGUCUCUGCAGAUCUUCAGCAUGUAUCCUUAGUGCCAUUAUCAACUGAACUUGUUAAUCCCUUGUUAAGGCUCCAAGUGUUAGAAACUCAGUUAUAUAAACUAGGUACCAAAUGGCUCUUUAAACCAGGGGUAAAGGUAAAGGUAAAGGGACCCCUGACCAUUAGGUCCAGUCGUGACCGACUCUGGGGUUGCGGUGCUCAUCUCACUUUAUUGGCCGAAGGAGCCGGCGUACAGCUUCUGGGUCAUGUGGCCAGCAUGACUAAGCCGCUUCUGGCGAACCAGAGCAGCGCACGGAAAUGCCAUUUACCUUCCCGCCGGAACGGUACCUAUUUAUCUACUUGCACUUUGACGUGCUUUCGAACUGCUAGGUUGGCAGGAGCAGGGACCGAGCAACAGGAGCUCACCCCGUCGCGGGGAUUCGAACCGCCGACCUUCUGAUCGGCAAGUCCUAGACUCUGUGGUUUAACCCACAGCACCACCCGCGUCCCUUAAACCAGGGUUACGGUCCCCAAAAUGGAAUUCCUCGUUGCCAUUUUGGGGGCAGAUGGCUCGGAAUUCGUAUUUUUCAAUGUAACUUUUUGGUACCUGAAAUUCAUUGUGCAGAUAAAAUAUAACAGAAUUCUACAGGAUGGCUUGCUAGUGUGGGAAAACAUUCAGGAUCCAAGGAUCCCUACAGAUGGUGAAGAUGGCAUGUGCCUACAGAUGGUGAAGACGUCAGGCACUAUCCUGGUGCUCAGGCAUCUUCACUUGGUGGCAAGUGACAGAUAGCCAGGUGCAAAACGUGCCUGGUGAAUUUCAUAUGCUGCCAAGUAGCAUACUUAAGAGCAUAAGUAAAACUACAUUAUAAUUUAAAAAAAAAUCACAGAGGAUGUAAUGGCAGAAAAACAUGUGCAAUUCCUUAAAAAGCACACACACCAAAAUAGCAGCAGAAAUAACAUGUAAUAGCUCCAAUGGGAACCUUGCAGAAAAAGUAAUUUUCACAUUGCUUCCCAGAUGGGUAAGCAGCCAGGGAAUGUCUUAUAACAGCAACCUUUUUCAGCUGUUGGCCGGUCCACCAUCCCUCAGACCAUGUGGUGGGCCGGACUAUAUUUUGAAAAAAUAAUAAUGAAUGAAUUCCUAUGCCCCACAAAUAACCCAGAGGUGUGUUUUAAAUAAAAGGACACAUUCUACUCAUGUAAAAACACACUGAAUCUUGGACUGUCCACAGGCCAGAUUGAGAAGGCGAUUGGGCCGCAUCCAGCCCCUGGACCUUAGGUUGCCUACCCCGUCUUACACAGAAGAAAGUUACUUUAAAGAGGGGGGGGGGUAUUUUAAUUUUCUGCUUGAUGAUGGCUUCAAUUAAAGUUCUAUGGAUACAUUGUCCAAGAGCAGCUGUUGAAGUUGAUCAUUGUUUGAACAAUGUAAUUAGCUUCUAGCUAGCUAAAGACUUUUUAAAAGAUCAUUGACUAUGCUCACUUACCACAAUAAACCGUGGUAAGUGGUUUAUUGUGAAUGUACAAAUGACUCCUGUUUUGCUCCUUCCUAUGGAUGAGAAGUGGCAAGCUAUUAUGAGAAGCAGCAGCAAAUCAUGAACGCUAUCUUAGUGUUGCAUGUGCACUGGGCUUUGCAGUUUCUUCCUUGAAAGCAAAAACAAAAAACCAAUUUGCAAUGCGAAACAAAAGUUUACUCUGUGGUCUGUUUGAGUGAAACAAGCCACUGUCCGCUUUCAGAUGCAACGCUAAGCCAAGGAUUGUAAGCAGCUUUUGUGGAGGAAGUUCCUCAAAAAGCAGAGUAUACAUUUUAAAAAUAUAUAUAUAAACAAAGAAUAGUGGUUUGUUACUCUUGCUUGUACUGAUGGUUUCAUCUGGCAAGCAGAAAUGCUUUUGCCGGUGGAGAGACCUGCUUAGCGCUACGUUGAAUACCUUCCUUCCUCUGGGUAAGGAAGGACAAUAAUUCACUGGUAGAGCAGUUCCUAUAAUGCCAAAGGAUUCCAGGUUCAAUCCCUGGCAGGUGAAAACACCUUGGAGUGCAGCUUCCAGUCAGAGUAGGCAGAACAUGGAGAAACAGAUUGACCUGGUAUUAGGGUAGCUUCCCAUCUACUGUCCUAUGUGACUUCACUGAAAAGAUAGAAGAGUUAUUCUGAAUACCCAGCUUAAAACUUGUUAACCAUACAGCAGGGCUGGGGGACUUGUGGGGCCUUCCAGAGAUGUUGCUGUACUCAACUCCCAUGAGCAUCGUGGCCAAUGGUCACCAGGUCAGACUGUUUCUCCAUGUAGGCCAGUACUGUCUACGCUGACAGAGUAGGUUUCCCACAGCUGUUCUCCAAGGACUGUUCUCCAAGGGCUCAGUCUUGCCUUACUCAUCCCAUUCAGGGAUGAUCACAUAGGCCCACAGAGUCCUCUGUGAUCACCCUGCCUUCUUCAGAAUCCUUUAGUGCCCUGUGUCCAAUGGCAGGCUUACCAUCUAAAGGUAAAAAGGUAAAGGACCCCUGACAGUUAAGUCCAGUCAUGAACGACUCUGGGGUUGUGGCGCUCAUCUCGCUUUACUGGCCGAGGGAGCCAGUGUUUGUCCACAGACAGUUUUUCCGGGUCAUGUGGCCAGCAUGACUAAGCCGCUUCUGGCAAAACCAGAGCAGCGCACAGAAACGCCUUUUACCUUCCUGCCAGAGCGGUACCUAUUUAUCUACUUGCACUUUGAUGUGCUUUAGAGCUGCUAGGUUGGCAGGAUCUGUAAAGGUACAACAUGGUUAAAAAAAAAAAAGGUAAAGGCAAAGACCCCUGGACAGUCCAGUCAAGGCAACUAUGGGGUUGUGGCGCUCAUCUCGCUUUCAGGCCGAGGGAGCCGACGUUUGUCCACAGACAGCUUUGCGGGUCAUGUGGCCAGCAUGACUAAACUGCUUCUGGCACAUGGAACACUGUGAAAAGUACCAGAGCGCAAGGAAACGCCAUUUACUUUCCCACCACAGCGGUACCUAUUUAUCUACUUGCACCGGCAUGCUUUCAAACUGCUAGGUUGGCAGGAGCUGGGACCGAGCAACAGGAGCUCACUCUGUCAUGGGGAUUUGAACCGCCGACCUUCCAAUCGGCAAGCCCAAGAGGCUCAGUGGUUUAGACCACAGCACCACAUGUGCUACACUAUCUGAACUGGGCAUGCUGCAUUUCUGGAACCAAAUUCCCUUUUUUUGUGGAGCCUGAACAGGAGCAGUCACCAUCGGAAGUGGCCAUUAUCUAUCUGGACUGUCCCUGGAUUAAGUGACUUUUCUUCCUUAAGUUCUCAAAGUUCUUAACCUAGCUCAAGGUUGUCAUGUGAACUAGUCAGACGUCACAGCCAGUUCGUGCUUUGAAAAAUAAGACUUGAGUGCCAUCUUGUCCAAAAAUGGCAACUAGACAUUCCUUUUUGGCGACUGUAACCAUGGUUUAAGGAGCCGUUUGGCACCUAGGUUAUAUAUAUGAGUUUCUAACACUGCUCGGGAGCUCCACGACGUGUAAACAACCCUUGUGUGCUGCUUUCACGAGUCUGCAGGUUGGAGAGUGUCGUUUUGCUACAAACUCCCUUAUCCUUGGCCUCUGCACAUGGGUCGUGCAGGAGGAGAGGCGGCUAAUCCGUCAAGCAGGUCUUUUCUAAAGCUCUGCCUUUUCACAUUGGAGGAAGGAGGAGAAAAACCACAGCAACGUUGGUUUGUAGCCGGAACCACCAUGUGCUCGAGGCACAUGGCAGAACGCUGUGCAGAGCAUGACUUUAUCUGGAACAGCGCAGGGCAAGGCAUAUCCCUUAGCCCGUGUCCCUGCCGCGACCGGCCUUGGAGUGAAACGCAGAGCAGAAUGGGAAAGUUCAGCCGCAGUCCGGGUGGUAUAUGCCGUGCCGAUCGAGAUUGGGGGGGCAGGAGAGAAAAGACUAAAGAUUUCCUUGCUCCUCGCUUCCCUUCCUCCCUCUCUGGGUUGCGAGAAGCUGCAGUUUAGAUCAAAAGGAGAUGUAGAAUACAUUUAGGCAAAUUUAAAAAUAGAUUCUCCUGGGGCAAGGGAAGGAAAAUUGCUGAAUGCACAAGCUCAGAAAGACUGGAGGAGAGAGGGAGGGAGGGAGAGAAACACGUCCUUUUUUGACUUAGAACGUUGAGGCGUAAUGUUUGCCGUAAAAUUGCAAUUAAUCAUAUUUGCCCUCAAAUGUUUUUGGUGGGCGAAGGGGAAAUGGCAAUGGUCACUGUGUUUGUUUGUUUGUUUGUUUGUUUGUUCAAUUAUAAACAUGUGCAUGCUGCCUCAGUCUGCUUGCUCCAGAGUAGACCUGUUUGAGGCACCUUUUUGGCACAAGUCGCUGGAAUUGACUGGCGCGGAACAACAACACCUCUUGCAAAACUACAACAACACACAGAGAGAAAUGAAUAGGAAAUAUGCAAGAACUGUUCAUUUCAGAGAGGCAUGCAUAGGUGUUAGCUUGCAAUGGCAACUGAGCAUGCAUCAAUCCCCCAUGGACUGUUUUAUUUGGGGGGGGGUCUGCUCCCUGUGCAUCCCCCCCCAGCUUUUUUUAAUACUUCUUCUAACUCCGAGGUUCCCCCAAGUCUUCUGGUACCUCUUCUCUUGUGAGGUAUUUUGGCUUGUAAGGUAUUCAGCCCUUAGAGAUAUGAUACCUGCUAUUAGCAUAUAGGGUGAUUGUGCUGAAUUAAUAAUGGCCACAUUCGUGACAUACAUUGAAAACAAGAUGAGACCACUUUAAACCACCAUGGCUUUCCCCCAGAAGAUCAUGGAAACUAUAGUUUGUCAGGAGUCCUGAGAGUAGGGCUGGGCAAUAGAGUCGUGCCUCGGAAGUCGAAUGGAAUCCAUUCCGGAAGUCUGUUUGACUUCCAAAACGUUAUAUAGAAACCAAGGCGCGGCUUUCAAUUGGCUGCAGGAAGCUCCUGCAGCCAAUCGGAAGCCACGGAAGCCAUGUCGGACAUUCGGGUUCCAAAGAACGUUCGCAAACUGGAACACUCACUUCUGGGUUUGCGGCAUUUGGGAGGCAAAACAUUUGAGUCGCAAGGCUUUCGACGUCCGAGGUACGACUCUACCUGGUUUUCAACAUUGUGAUAUAUACAGUACAGUGGUACCUCAGGUUUCAGACGCUUCAGGUUACAGACUCCGCUAACCCAGAAAUAGUACCUUGGGUUAAGAACUUUACCUCAGGAUAAGAACAGAAAUCGUGCGGCAGCAGCGGAAGGCCCCAUUAGCUAAAGUGUACCUUAGGUUAAGAACAGUUUCAGGUUAAGAACGGACCUCCGGAAUGAAUUAAGUUCUUAACCCGAGGUACCACUGUAUACUGAUAUAUCACAAUGUCUGAAAUGAGGAUGGAGCUACAUAGAUGCACUGGCUGGCUUCACGGUUUCCCCCACAUUGUGUUUUUUUGCAUAGCACACACAUACACGUCAUGAUUUAUGAUAGAUUGCCAGGUCAGAAAUGGAAGCAAUAUCAUGAUACGUAGUUGAAACCGGUUUUGGACAAUAUAUCGUCUUGGCACACGUCAUGAUGCGCAAUAUAUUGCCAGGUCAAAAUAUAAAAAACCGAUGUCACAAUAUGCACUUUGAAGUGGUUUUGGGCGAUAUAUGGGGAUGGUUCAGUAUAAGGCAGCUUCUCUUACUUCGAUGAUCCAUCCCUCAAUCUCUAGGGUUAAUUAGUGCGGUUACCUUGCAAUGUCUAGUAAACCACAUCAGUAGUUGGGUUCCUAUUGGGGCUGUUAGGCGAACCAACAUGACAGUGAUUGAGGAUCGGCGUGAUCGUUCUGUGAUAUUAUGGCAGUGGACAAAGCUGUAUUGUAACUUUGGAAGAAAUGUGUUUUAAUAGUAAUAAUAAAAUGUGUCUGAAAAAAGAAACCCGGUGUGCCUUCUACUGUGAGACAGAAAAAGCAGUAAGGCGGGGACAAUUUAGAUCAGGAAAAUGCUGCAGGUGGCAAGGGUUAAAUACUGCCCCCCACACCAUCGGAUUCCGACCUCUAACCCAGCCACUGUUCUGAAGUCAAUCCUUCCCCUACGCCAUAGAACCCAGAUCACAGAACUCUCUCAGUUUUGCUUGGUUUGGCCCUCAAAACACAAGCGUACAUUUAUCCCUGUCUCUUUCCUGCCCUAGACUCCAGGAAAGGGCAGUGGAAGAAUGAUGAUAAUAAUAAUAAUAAUAAUAAUAAUAAUAAUAAUAAUAAUAAUACAGUGGUACCUUGGGUUACAUACACUUCAGGUUACAGACGCUUCAGGUUACAGACUCUGCUAACCUCGGGUUAAGAACUUUGCUUCAGGAUGAGAACAGAAAUCGUGCGGCGGUGGCGCAGUGGCAGCGGGAGGCCCCAUUAGCUGAAGUGGUGCUUCAGGUUAAGAACAGUUACAGGUUAAGAACGGACCUCCAGAACGAAUUAAGUACUUAACCUGAGGUACCACUGUACCCUGACCAUCUGACUGGGUUACCCGACCAACUCUGGGCACCUUCCAGCAUAUACAAAAACAAUUAAACAUGAAACGUUUUGAAACUUCCCAACACUGCCUUCAGAUGUCUUCUAAAAGUUGUGUAGUUCUUUAUCUUUGUGACAUCUGAUGGGAGGGCGCCACUACCAAGAAGGCCCUCUGCCUGGUUCCCUGCAACCUCACCUCUCGCGGUGUGGGAACUGCCAGAAGGCCCUCGGAGCUGGACCUCGGUGUCCGGGCUGAUGCGCACCCAUGCACACAUCCUGAUGUGGCACAUGAGCCCCUGCUGCAACUUGUUGAUAUUUUCUGCCUGGGUAAAACUCAGCUUGCUCUUCACUAGUAUGCAGAAGGUACUAUGCGAACUGGUGAAGGGGCUGUGUUUGUGUCGGCGGGGAGGGCUCGCCAGGGGAACAGUGCCUCGGAUAACCCCGCAGGGCUUAGUAGCUGGCGAGAGAACAGGCCGAUAAUUAGGGAAGCAGACCUUGCCAGGUGCCUCCGAAUCAAUGUGUCCCUUCGAUUAGCGCACACUUGUCACUGGCAGAUGUCAGAAACUAGCUCUGGCGAUAAAUCAGUCGUGACAAAAUGUCCUUUGCUAAUGUGCAGCCGCAUAAAUAGGAGGCCUGCAUGCGUUGUUUUUGGCAGGGGAUCUCUCAUUGACGAUGUCAAGCUGAGGGGGGAGGGGGCGAGGAGGGAGGGGGCGGCGGCGGCCGUAACAAACUUCUUGCCCAAUUAUCCUUCGGGAGCACAGCCCGAAAUGUGUUCUUCUUGCCUGGAACAUGGCUGGGGACAAUAGGUCAGAGAUUAAGCACUGCAAAAGAGAGAGAGGGAAACACACACACACACACACACACACACACACACACACACAGAAUCUCAACCCUGCUCAGUGCCACUUAAUUUGAUAAACAAACUGUUGAAUACAGCUGCCGAUCUGUAGUGCGCAGAAGGAGAGAAAAUAAGAGGGGAGAGAAAUCCAUUUUCUUGUAUGGCACAGAUUGGGCGUCAUGCCUGACAAACCACUUAAAGCCUUCUCUGUGGUCUUCAGAACCUGGAAGUGACAAUGGCUGUGUUUCAGGUAGCCUAUUAACUCGACACGUUGCAGAGUUAAGAGGGAAAUGUUGAGAAGCUCAAGCUCUGCAAAUAACCACUGGCGGGGGAAGUAGAUGCGAACCUGCACUUUUCGUUCCUGGAUAUUUUUGUGGCCCAAGCUAGAGGGGUGAGGGAAGACAUUACACUUCUGUUCCACUGGCGCUCAGCCACAUGCCUCUCUCAAGGGGCAGGCAGUCUGCAAAAGCAUUGUGGGUAGGGCUUGACACCAGGCAGUGAGCCCCACCUGCGCUGGGUCAGUCAGGUUCUCCUCGUGGCUGUGUUCACACAAUCUCUGUGCAAAAUGGGAGCUGCUUUCAGAAGGCCGGUGUGUGUGUGUGUGUGUCCCCAGUAGGUCUUACCUUUGCUCUGGCUGGUUCUACAAAGCCGAGCAUUGAGGGGUGUUAGUUUUAGAUCACUAUCUUUGGUGAAAGAGGCAUGUCCUAAAAUUAGAAUCAAUACCUAAGAAAUGUGCAUGGCCUACAAUAUGGGAGGGACGCGGGUGGUGCUGUGGGUUAAACCACAGAGCCUAGGACUUGCCGAUCAGAAGGUCGGCGGUUCGAAUCCCCGCGAUGGGGUGAGCGCCCGUUGCUCGGUCCCUGCUCCUGCCAACCUAGCAGUUUGAAAGCACGUCAAAAUGCAAGUAGAUAAAUAGAUACUGCUGUGACGGGAAGGUAAAUGGUGUUUCCAUGCACUGCUCUGGUUCACCAGAAGCAGCUUAGUCAUGCUGGCCACAUGACCCGGAAGCUGUAUGCCGGCUCCCUUGGCCAGUAAAGCGAGAUGAGCACCACAACCCCAGAGUUGUGUGUGACUGGACCUAAUGGUCAGGGGUCCCUUUACCCUUUACCUUACAACAGGAGAGCUUGAGGAGGAGGAGGAGGAAGAAGAAGAAGAAGAAGAAGAGUAUUUUAUUUUUUUCUGGUUGUUGAGCACUGUGAUGAUGCUUAACAGAGUCUGCCUCCUUCCUUUUUUCCUUACCUCCAUAAAUGAUGGAUUCCAAAGAACAGAAAAAGGGAAACAGACUCUCCAAGUGUCCCUAUUUUUCAGGGACGUCCCUGAUUUAGAGAAGCCGUCCUGGUUUCUGAUUCGAUCCUGGAACGUCCCGCUUUCCCGCAGGAUGUCCCUAUUUUCAUUGGAGAAAUGUUGGAGAGUAUGGAGUUAUCUGACCCCCCCAAGCUGCUUGAAGGCAGUCCUGUAUUUUUAUUGUUUCAUGUUCUAUUACAUUUUUAUAUAGGUUGGAAGCUGCCCAGAGUGGCUGGGGCAACCCAGUAAGAUGUGUGUGGGGUAUCAAUAGUAGAAUUAUCAUUGUGGACUGGGACAUCCCUAUUUUCAUCGGAGAAAUGUUGGAGGGUAUGGGGAAGGAGUCAGCCUCUGUUGACUCUGAACCAUUAAAGCCCACCAUCACUGUGCCCAACAGCCAGCAAAACCCCUUCAGUCACCUCAGUGCUGUCUUACUGUUUUCCUGUAAGCUCUGAAAUCAGCCAUUGGUGGUUUCUUGCUACUAAAAGUGGCCUUUUUCAGCUAGUGGAAACAGCACAGCAGGCGAGAAAUCAUAGACUCGGAAUUGGAACGGACCCUGCGGAUCAACUGCAAUGCAGGAAUAUGCAGCCAUCCCUUACGGGGAUUGAACCUGCAACCUGGGCAUUAUCAGCACCACGCUCUAACCGGAAACGUCUUCAUAGUAAUUGCCAGCCCUCUCCAGUGGUUGUAGAAUAUGCUCUUCAAAGUCUGCCCAAGCCCAGACCUGAGCAUCUUUCAGUAGCAAUGCAAGAUUUUGAUGGUGGUGAUUCUUUUCGUUAAGGUCUUGGUGGGUUAUUUAGUAAUACUUUUAGAAGACAUCUGAAGGCAGCCCUAUUUAGGGAAGCUUUUAAUGUUUAAUAGAUUAUUGUCUUUUAAUAUUCUGUUGGAAGCCGCCCAGAAGAAGAAGAAGAAGAAGAAGAGUUUGGAUUUGAUAUCCCGCGUUUCACUCCCUUUAAGGAGUCUCAAAGCGGCUAACAUUCUCCUUUCCCUUCCUCCCCCACAACAAACACUCUGUGAGGUGAGUGGGGCUGAGAGACUUCAGAGAAGUGUGACUAGCCCAAGGUCACCCAGCAGCUGCAUGUGGAGGAGCGGAGACUCAAACCCGGUUCCCCAGAUUACGAGACUACCGCUCUUAACCACUACACCACAGUGGCUCUCAGAGUGGCUGGGGAAACCCAGCCAGAUGCGUGGGGUAUAAAUUAUUAUUAUUAUUAUUAUUAUUAUUAUUAUUAUUAUUAUUAGCUUUGGGGUGGGGUGGGGGGCUUGGAAAGCUUGUUGCUAGUAGCAGAUAAUGACCCCAGACAUGCCGGUCAGAAGUUAGCCAUGCCCCAUGCAAAGUUAAUUACAGGAGAGAGCAGCUCUGGCUUGCUGGAAAGGGUGCAUGCUGCUUGCAGCUGUUUAAGCAAACGCUCAUUCCCAGUUUGCGACCAAGUAAUCCCUGGCUUGAGGGAGCUCAUGCUGUUGGCAGUGGAGGGAUGGCAUUAAACCCCUUGAGUCCUGGGGGGGGGGGGGGAUGAGCGAGCAGAUGCCAUUGUAGGCAAAGGGUGAGGAGAAGAGACAAAUGGACGGUUUUGAAAGGAUCACAAUUGGGGAUAGAGAGGUCUAAAUGGGAGGCUGGCACACACACACACAAAAAGAAAAAGGGUAGGAAGAGAGUUUUGGGAACCUCCCGCUAAUAGAUGGUGCCUCCUGGAAAUAAUUAUGCACUCGGCUCUCCGGAGUUUAAAUUUGGGGAUUUAUUAUCGUGAGCCUUUCAUCUUAUCAAAGCGGUUCCCGUAUCACAAGUGCAGAAAUGCGUCCAAAUGACCUUGGGCGUCAUUCCUAUGCAUCGACCUCCCCCCCCCUCCGCUGCCCGCAGCUGCUGCCUCUCCCCUGCCUCCCCCCCCCCAUGGAUUACUAAAAGAGAAGGAAUAGAAGACCCUUUUUAUUACAGUGGUACCUCAGGUUAAGUACUUAAUUCAUUCCGGAGGUCCGUUCUUAACCUGAAACUGUUCUUAACCUGAAGCACCACUUUAGCUAAUGGGGCCUCCCUCUGCCGCCGCGCCGCCGGAGCACGAUUUCUGUUCUUAUCCUGAAGCAAAGUUCUUAACCUGAAGCACUAUUUCUGGGUUAGUGGAGUGUGUAACCUGAAGCGUAUGUAACCUGAGGUACCACUGUACUAUUAUUACUAUUUUGGAAGUGAGAUACAAACUUGACUGUGAACGGGGCAGGGAGGGAGAGAGGGAUGAAUUCCAGCAAGUUGGAGAGGAGGGAAAGGAUCAAAAAGAAGGAGGGAGGGAAAUGAAAAUAGGAGAGGAGGGGAGAGAGAGAGAGAGCCCCCCCUUCAGUUUUAUAGAAGUUGUGCAAUUUUAAGAAUCGGAUUAACCUGGUAUGACUCUGUUUUUCCGCCAGUUAGAUAGGUUGAGUUUCUUGGCAAGGGGCACACGGGUACAGUACACAGUGUGCUGUAAAUAUGGGUGUGUCGACCUCGAGCUUUCAUGCCAGAGAAGUAUUGCAGGAGGAGAAUAAUCACACAGCUGUGCCGCGCAGGGGAGACUUCCUUCAGCUUUUGCCAAGGUAGUUAAAUGCGUUGUUUGGGUGCGCUGUGGUGAGUUUUAUGUUCUCCCCUGGCAGCACUUGAAUCCACCCAAGACGCUUGUUUUUCUUUUUAAAAAAGAGCAAUCUGACAUGCAAACUUGGGACAGGGGUGGCAUUUGCAUGGGAAUCUUUCCCAGUUGCGAUUUACUGGGGAUUCCCCACCCACCCAGUUUCUCCCCCCAGCAAACUAAACGUGCUUUCUUGGCAGCAAGGCUGCAAACUCAGAGCAUUGCACCCAGAGCUCCUGCCAGCUUUGAGCUGCCCCCUCUCCAGCCCUUACUCACCCUGCUGUGGCUGCUCCAAUCUCUCCCCCCCCUCAACCUCCCCCCCCACCUUGUUUAUUUAACCUUUUGUUGUCUGUGACAGUGCAUUGCCACUGCUCUUCCCUCUUGCUUGUAGGCUGUGUGGCACAGAGAGGGCAAGUUACGUUUCCAAGCACAAUUCAAAGUGUUGGUGCUGACCUUUCAAGCCCUUAACGGCCUCGGCCCAGUAUACCUGAAGGAGCAUCUCCACCCCCAUUGUUGAGCCUGGACACUGUGGUCCAGCUCUGAGGGCCUUCUGGUGGGUCCCUCCCUGUGAGAAGUGAGGUUACAGGGAACCAGGCAGAGGGCCUGCUCGGUAGUGGCGCCCGCCCUGUGGAACGCCCUCCCAUCAGAUGUCAAGGGGAAAAAAACACUAUGUGACUUUUAGAAGACAUCUGAAGGCAGCCCUGUUUAGGGAAGUUUUUAAUGCUUGAAGUUUUAUUCUGUUUUUAAUGUUCUGUUGGAAGCUGCCCAGAGUGGCUGGGGAAACCCAGCCAGAUGGGCAGGGUAGAAAUAAUACUACUACUAAUAAUAAUACAUUUUUUUAUUGUUAUUGUUAUCAGGUUGCUUGCCAGUGCACACUGCAAAGCAACCAGCAGGGCUGGCCAGCUCUUUCAAGGCUCCAGCUUCCUGCCAUUUUAUUAAUAAUAAUAUCUGAUCCCAGAGUGGCAGAGGGAUCAGCCAUUCAGAUUCCAGCUUUGGUGUCCAGUGCUGGGGUAUCAAGGGGGCGGGCCUUAAUCUCAUCUUGUUGCUCAGGCUGAGGUGCAAGAUAAGAUCCUGUGGCUUCAGUAUGCAAAUGGUUCCUCUUUACCACAUGAUUUCCUGGCUGGAAAGAUGCUGCCCAGAGGAUUUUACUGGUUGGCUUGGUGAGCCAUUGGGUCCCCUCACCCAUGGGGGGUCUAGCGAGCAAGGAGCUGGUUGGUACCAGUUUCCCAGUUUGAGGCUCCCAGUUCCGAACACCUGCUGCAAAAUUCCCUAGUGAGACGUCGAUGAUUUCAGGGACAGUUGUCAGGAGCAGCAAGUUUGCCCCGGGGAACUGCUCACAUUAAACAUUUCCACGCACAGCUGAACGCUGGGCCUGAAGAAUUUGCUUUUAUGGUAAAGUAUGGAAAGAAAUGAUCUCAAAAACGGUGGUUGCUUUUGCUUACAGCGGCAGCUAUGCUUUCCCAAAAACUUACCAAAAGCAACGCAGCGCUGAGUACACCAUGCCGGGAAUUUUUAUUUUACUGCAGAACUGUAAUGGAAUACCGCCUUGGGAUUUUUGUCCCUGUAGGAUCUCAAGGCAAGGUUUUGACACGGAGCGAAAUGAAAACACCCCCACCCUGAGGCUUAAUUACGUAGGGAAGACCGAGCCACUUUUAUAGGUGAAUGUUUCUGAGAUGCCAUCAUGUGAUUUUUUUGAUUGUAUCCAUGCUGAAGUCCAGGAAACUUUGUGCUUGAUGGUGAAGAUUGUUGUCUUGGUAAUUCUGGCAAACUGCAGUGGAGGCGUGGGGCCAUUCUGCCACCCCACUUCCUAGCAGGGAAAAGGCUCUGGUGAUGAGGAUUUUCUUUUCUAUACUGCUUUAUAAGAAAAGAAAAGAAAACAGAAAGUGGCUCAAAACACGGUUGCUUAGUUUGCGAUGGAUCACCCACAUGGACAUUAUAGCAACACACUUAAGUUAGGAAACAGCCAGCAUCUUGCGUAAUAAUAAUAAUAAUAAUAAUAAUAAUAAUAAUAAUAAUAAAUUUUUAUUUACACCCCGCCCUCCCCGGCCAGGGUCUGGCUCAGGGAGGCUAACACCAAAUAUAAAUUACAGUGGUACCUCGGGUUAAGUCUGAAGGUCUGUUCUUAACCUGAAACCAUUUUUAACCUGAAGCACCACUUUAGCUAAUGGGGCCUCACCCAUCUGUUCUCAUCCUGAAGCAAAAUUCUUAACCCAAGGUAAUAUUUCUGGGUUAGUGGAGUCUGUAACUUGAAGCAUCUGUAACCUGAAGCGUAUGUAACCCAAGGUACCACUGUACAAUAAAACGUAAUAGGGGGAAAAAACCAACAACAAACAAUCAGUUAAUUAAAAUACGGCUCGAAAUACAGCUUAAAAUGCGGCCUCAUUUUAGUAGUAGCCCAUAAAUCAAGACCAUAAAGGGAGGAAACAUCAGAUAUUUACCCAAGCCAGCUAUCCAUGCUGGUCCCACAUGGGCCAGCAAAAAAGCCAAGGGACAAUUUAUAUACCAAAUCCCAUAUAAGGGGUCAGAGUGAUUCUAAGCUGAAGACCAGGUGGAACAGCUCCAUCUUGCAGGCCCUGCGGAAAGAUGUCAAAUCCCGCAGGGCCCUGGUCUCUUGUGACAAGAGUGUUCCACCAGGUUGGGGCCAAUGCUUAAAAGGCCCUGGCCCUAGUUGAGACCAAUCUAACCCCCUUGUGGCUUGGGACCUCCAAAGUGUUGUUAUUUGUGGACCUUAAGAUCCUCUGCGGGGCAUACCAGGAGAGGCAGUCCCGUAGGUACGAGGGUCCUAGGCCGCAUAGGGCUUUAAAGGUCAAAAUCAGCACUUUAAACCUGAUCCUGUACUCCACCGGGAGCCAGUGCAGCUGAUAAAGCACUGGAUGAAUGUUAUCCCAUGGCAAGGAUCCCGUAAGGAACCUCGCAGCGGCAUUCUGGACCCGCUGGAGUUUCUGGGUCAGCCCCUCAUAGAGCGAGUUACAAUAAUCAAACCUGGAGGUGACCACUGCAUGGAUCACCGUGGCUGUAACCUUUAUCUGAUUUGCUGCCACUUGACUUGGGUUCAAGUUCAGUAAGGCCACCCAGUGAAUGCUAUUCUAACGCAGCGUGAGUCGAUGCGUAAGUUGCUGCGCAAAUAUUAUUACUGCAUUUAGUCUCACAACACCCCUGUGAGGUGGGGGCAGGGCUGAGAAGUAUUGACUCACCCAGAGCGAUACGGCUAAAUAGUCUCUCGCACCUGAGUCUCCCACGCCCGAGAUGCCAUUCAUGGUGUCCAUCCCGGGGCUGAAAGAAACAUUGCAUCAACCACAGACCUUGCUUUCCUUCUCUUUCCUAAGGACUGGGCCUGAGCUUGCUUCUACAAGCACCUCAGUCGUUUGCACAAACGCAAAUUGUCAAUAAGAAACGGUGAUAAGAUAAAUAACAUGGUUUUUAGGCUAGCAGUGGUUCCAUCAUUAUUUCUAUUACUUUGCCGCUGUUUGAAAAGGAAAACACACAGCGAAGUCCUAGCAGGAUAUUUCCUUCUAGAAGGGCUUGUUGGCGCUGCACACCUCCACUUCUGAGUUAUCUUCAGGUACACGGAUGGCGCUGUGGGUUAAACCACAGAGCCUAGGACUUCCUGAUCAGACGGUCGGCGGUUCGAAUCCCCGCGACGGGGUGAGCUCCCGUUGCUCGGUCCCUGCUCCUGCCAACCUAGCAGUUCAAAAGCACGUCAAAGUGCAAGUAGAUAAAUAGGUACCGCUCCAGCGGGAAGGUAAAGGCAUUUCCGUGCGCUGCUCUGGUUCACCAGAAGCGGCUUAGUCAUGCUGGCCACAUGACCCAGAAGCUGUACGCCGGCUCCCUCGGCCAAUAAAGCGAGAUGAGCGCCGCAACCCCAGAGUCGGCCACGACUGGACCUAAUGGUCAGGGGUCCCUUUACCCUUUACCCUUACAGUGGUACCUCAGGUUACAGACACUUCAGGUUACAUACGCUUCAGGUUACAGACUCCGCUAACCCAGAAAUAGUACCUCGGAUUAAGAAGUUUGCUUCAGGAUGAGAACAGAAAUCGUGCUUCGGCGGCGCGGUAGCAGCGGCAGCAGGAGGCCCCCAUUAGCUAAAGUGGUGCUUCAGGUUAAGAACAGUUUCAGGUGAAGAACGGACCUCCAGAACGAAUUAAGUUCUUAACCCGAGGUACCACUGUACAAGCUAAACCUGGAAAAGCAACUUGAGAAUGGGGGGGGGGGGGGGAUGACAGGCGUUGGGGAGAAUCCUGCACUCUGGCUGUCUAGAUCCAUUUAAAGCCAGCUAGAAUUCAGCAGGCUUUAGGUCUUUCCAGAUGACGGCUGAAUAUUGUAAGUGGGUUGUCAAGAUCAUAUUAUUAUUAUUAUUAUACACCUCUUUCAAGGUACAGGCACUUUCUCAGAGUACUUGUCUGUGUCUUGUGUUCUCCUCCAUCUCCUCCUCCUCUCCUCCUCUUGCUUUCUCACAUUUCCCCGGAGCUGCCGGUGUCUGUGCAGCGCGAAGAUUACAUUUAACCGCCACAAGGAAAUCAGCUUGGCCUGAGCUACCCUUCCGUCACGUGUCCCAGAGUGUGCUCACUGUGUUCUGCCAGACUGGGGCUGGCUGAGCAAAAUACAGUGAAGCCCUGGGCUGCCAGCCAAGCUUUCCUUCCAGCUUGGAGCACGCAGUCACACAUUUGCUAUUUGGCAGGACAUCCAUGCCAGGGUUUGUUUGGAUAGUAAUCGAGUACAGUUCAUCUUCCUUCUCCUUCUCUUUCUUUCUUUCUCGGACCCCUUUCGGGAAAGCACAUGCAGGGCUGACAUGCACCUAAACAGGGAGACCAUGGGCUGCGGGGAACACAGAGAGACCUCUGGGCCGGCUUCUGUUUGUCUCUCUCCCUAACCGGCAGGGUUGGUGUGACGGGGGAAACGGGAUAACCCCCAUUGUUGCAUCUCGAGGUCCCCAGGGCCACCCCAAUAACUCACACAUAAUUUUUGUUUAAGAUUUUUGGCAUAAUUUUGGCCACAACUUUAUUAAAAUACAAACAUGUGAGUGGUUGCUUAGGCAUUGGUUGCGACUAUCUGCCCCCACCAAGGGGGACAGACUGACAUUCCGCACGAUGCGAAAGUCAGAAUAGGGGAAUACACUUGGGGGUAGCGUCGGAGCAGGGAACCUGCCCUCAGCCCUCCCCAAAUGCAACCAGGAGCUCAUUGAUAUGGCCCAAGCCCCCUUGACAGAGUGGACAAGCAAUAGUUAGCCCCCAAUUCCUUUAACGGAAUCCCUUGCAACAUUAGAGGAGCAGGCACAGCCAAUCCAUGCCCCUCAACCAACCAAACCAUAAACCAAUGCCUAACCGCGAACCUUACAAGUUGUGACGAUUUGCUACGCAGUAGGCAAAAACCAAAAGGCCCCAGCCAAUCAGCCAGAUGGACAAAAUUCCUAACGGGCCCCUGCUCCAAAGCAGACGACCCCAUGACAGGCAUAGCAAGGUCAAAGCGAACAACCCUAUUCUAGGGAGGGAGGGACGGGCAAUCCGAUGCAUGGGCGAAAAGAGGAAGUCCUAGCCUCGUGCAAGGCGUUUUAGCAUUUCUGGCUGUCAGUCAACAAAUGGCAACAUUAACUUCUUCCCAACAACAAGGGAAGCCCCAAUCACAUCAGUGGCCAACGGUCAAUUAGCCCGCCCCCAACUUUGGAGUGUCCUGGCAGCCCCCACCGCAACACGUGCUCUCCGUGAAGGAGAACACACUAUACCGCCUAGAGGCCGGAGGUGCAGCAGAAUGGAUGGGCUAUACUAUUUUGAACGCUAGGUGGAGGUUUCCAUUGGUGGAAGCUCCCUUAUAAGCAAAACAAACCACCCACUCCCUGCAUCUAGAAACCUAGCACAUCAGGGCAAGAGGUUCUAGCUCAGCAUUUUAUCAGCUAUGCUGUUGUUGUUUUUAAUUUGCAGGGAGUUUUCAAUAUUGGAGGUGCUGUGUUCACCAAUAGGUACAUUGAUGAGCACUUUCGUUUAGUACAGGGGUCAGCAAACUUUUUCAGCAGGGGUCCGGUCCACUGUCCUCAGACCUUGUGGAGGGCCGGACUAUAUUGGGGGGGGGGGGAAUGAAUGAAUUCCUAUGCCCCACAAAUAACCCAGAGAUGCGUUUUAAAUAAAAGGCCACAUUCUACUCAUGUAAAAACACGCUGAUUCUCGGACCAUCCACGGGCUGGAUUUAGAAGACGAUUGGGCCAGAUCCGGCCCCCGGGCCUUAGUUUGCCUACCCAUGGUUUGUAUAUGCAGUCCUUUUUUUUCAAGAAAAACAGGCGCUGGAACUCACCAUGAAGUUGUUACAGAGAGUCGCCUGGCGACUCGAGGCAGCUGUGAACAGAUGCCAGUUUGACAUCAGCAGCGUCCAACUCCCGUGGAGGUGCUAAAAACAAUCGCAAGCUGUCUCCCUAGCUGGUUUGGGGGUCGUCCCUGGUUCUGGUGCAGGUCCAAUAAAUGCAUCCCCACCUCCCGCAUUCUAGUCGAUUCAGGCACAUGGCCAGGGCCUUGCCCAAACACACAUGUGUGCAACAUUAGAAGCCCGGCUAGAAAGCUUAAGGCCUGCCACUGCUACUUCGGAGAUGGAUCGAAGAAAAGGAAAUACGAAUUGUCCCUGCCCUGUAGCUUGACCAAUCGUGGCUAGGAGCGGCUCGGAACUAGGAGGCAUCAUAGAUCUGGAAAAUGUGUAGAUUCGCACACACUCACCAGCUUUCAUUUUGACUUGAAAGGUUUGUUUUUGGGGAGUAAAGGUGACUAUGGGGUUGCAGCGCUCAUCUUGCUUUCAGGCCAAGGGAGCCGGCGUUUGUCCACAGACAGCUUUCCGAGUCAUGUAGUCAGCAUGACUAAACCACUUCUGGCACAAUGGAGCACCGUGACGGAAACCAGAGCGCAUGGAAACGCCAUUUACCUUCCCACCACAGCAGUACCUAUUUAUCUACUUGUACUGGCGUGCUUUCGAACUGCUAGGUUGGCAGGAGCUGGGACAGAGCAAUGGGAGCUCACUCCAUCACAGGGAUUUGAACCACCGACCUUCCGAUCAGCCAGCCCAAGAGGCUUAGUGGUUUAUACCACAGCGCCACCCACGCAUAAAAGCAAGACAUGGGCAGGGGGAGCACCGGCCCGUAAUGGUGCCCACCAGAGAGGUGCCAGAACUGCGCUCCGCUGUGCUCCAGCUGGGGGGAAAAGCACUGAAUAUAUGCACUUUUCUACACUUUUGGUUUGAGACCACAAAGAAGAAGCUGUGUUGAUAAUGGUGAGCCUCAUCCCUGAUGGAGAUACUUUUCUUCCCUUGGCAAAUAUCACCUCCCCACACACUUCCAAUUUCUCUGCCCACAAAUAGGGUAGAAGAUUUCCAGAGUCCAUUUGUACAUAGAUCUAGUUUAUUUUAAAUAAAUUUUAAAUAAAUUUUAUUUGAUUUUAACAAUACAACCAUAUACAUCCACAUUUGAAGAUUCCUCGAACCUCUGGACUUCCCACCUUCCUUUCCGUGGGUCCUGUUAUGAAACCUUUUCUACUGCAUCUUCUCCAAUAGUCCAUAUCUUAUAUAAAUCCAUUAUCUCCAUGGUACUUGCUACAUUACGAGUGUUACUGCAAUCUUGCUAGUGUUCAUCUGCUUACAGUGGUCGCCAAGAUAAAUGAUAAAUUUUCCCCAUUUUUGGUCUUCUUGGUUCCUGAGCUUUCCGGUCAGUUUUGCCAUUUUGGCAUAGUCCAACAGUUUAAUUUGCCAUUCUUCUCUGGUAGGGACUUUAUCUUCUUUCCAUCUCUGGGCUAAUAGCAUCUGUGUGGCUGUCGUCGCGUACAUAAAAAGUAUUUUCUGCUGCUGCACAUAGAUCUACCGUAUUUUUCGCCCUAUAGGACGCACUUUUUCCCCUCCAAAAAUGAAGGGGAAAUAUGUGUGCGUCCUAUGGGGCGAAUGCAGGCUUUCGCUGAAGCCUGGAGAGCGAGUGGGGUUGGUGCGCACCGACCCCUCUCGCUCUCCAGGCUUCGCGGACCUCUCCGCAAGCAGCGGGAGCCAGCGCUGGGCUCCCACGGCUUGCAGAGAGCUGCCUGUUUGGGGGCUGGGGUCGGGGGAAGCUCAUGCCUCCCCUGCCCCAGCCCCGCGCCUGGGGGGGAAAAUAAUUUUUUCCCCUUUAUUUCCCCCCCAAAAAAACUAGGUGCGCCUUAUGGGACGGUGCGUCCUAUAGGGCGAAAAAUACGGUAGUUUAAACACAUGCGUUUGGGGCUUGCGUGGCAAACCGUAGCAUUGAGAUUUCUCGCUGGGAUGACUGAAAGCCUUAACCUGUUGGAACCCCAAGCAAUUGCUAAGGCAGCCACCUCCAACCUUUCUCCUUCAGAUGUUUAGGACCUUGUUUUCUCCUGCUCUGGAAGGUAGGACUCGAACCAGUGGCUUCAAGCUCCAAGAAGAGAGAAUCCCACUAAACAUCAGGGAAAACUUUCUGACACUAAGAGCUGUUCGUCGGUGAAACGCUCUCCCUCUGGAGGUUGUGGGCUCUCCUUCCUUGGAGAUUUUUAAGCAGAAGUUGGAUGGUCAUCUGUCAUGGAUGCUUUAGCAGAGAUUCCUGCAUUGCAGGGGGUUGGACUAGAUGACCCUUGGGUCCCUUCCAACUCUACAAUUCUAUGAUAAUUCUCAUCACCCCGGCCAGCAUGUGAUGGUGGGAGGUCACUACAAACAUCUGGGGAGCACCAGGUUGGGGAAGGUUAUUCUAAGAUUUGUUUGUUAGUUUAAUGUGUUUUUCUGGCUUAGCUUCUGAUGAUAUUGUUGUUACCCUCUCUCAGAUCAAAAACCUAAAAUCAAAGUUUAAAUAGGAAAGGAAGCAGCUUUGGUUGGGCAUCCAAAAUAGCAAAUCAAGCACAUCUCUCUUCCCCUUCCUGCGUGUUUUAAUGUUCCUGGUUUUUGAAAUGGUUGUUUUUGCCCUGAGGCUAAGUGGAACGAAAUUGCUCAUAGGCAGACCAGUCACUGCGUAGGGAAAAUAGCAGUAUGUGGUCAGAGAAAGUAUUUUAUCUUCUGCAAACUCCUUUCCGGUUGGCUUUUGAGCACCUACUUUGCUCUGUCUAGUUGCUUGCGUUCAAUCAGACUAUAGCCCAUAACUUAAACCAAGUAACAGAUUUGAUUUUAGCACCCUGAAAGACCUAAACUUUGAGAUGGGAGGUGGAAGAGGAAGUUUCUGCAAUGCAAACUCUCACUAGUGUUUUAAGGUGAAUGUUUUGAUUGGGCUAAGGGGAGUUUUUCACCCCCAAAUGAUAUUUUUAAAUUGUUUUGCACGUCUGCAAACCUUAGGGUUCAUCUAGUAUGUGUGGGGUGCUGUUUUGGCUACAUAAUCGAUGGCACACACUUCUGUACAUGGCAAAUAGAGGAAAAUUGGGUUUCCCAAACAUGGGUCUCCAGCUGUUUUUGGACUACAACUCCCAUCAUUCCUAGCUAGCAGGACCAGUGGUCAGGGACGAUGGGAAUAGUAGUCCAAAAACAGCUGGAGAACUAAGUUUGGGAAACCCAAUAUAAUUGUUCUCUCUAUUUGCCCUGAAUUAUAUGCUCUCUCUCUCUCUCAAAUGUAGGUUUAAAUUUCUUUCAAAACCUUGAAUGUGGCCUAUCCAAAGCCCGUCGUCGUCCCCUGCAAAAAAUGGGUUAAGGCUAAAUCUCUCCAGCUGACUUCGAAGUUUUAAAACUGGGCUUUCUAUUUUCUCCUCCUUCUACGUACCUUUCUGUUUAUCUCACCUAGGCUUAAUGUCACCUUAUGUGCCUGAUUAUUCAGAAAUAGCAUAUUUCAAUGCCAGAAGUGUUAGAGCUGGAUCACAUGAUCCUUUCAAGUUGCUUGCUUGUUUCCCUCCACCCUUGUUUUAACCCAUGAAGGUUGUUCCAUUUGCCUGGGCAACACAAUGCAGGAUCUACAGCAACUGUCACCUGCUGAAUUUUCACUGUGGCUGAGAUCUGCGAGUUGCAAGCACGCAGAAGGAUCUCCAUGAAUCGGGGGAGGGGAGAGCUGAACAUAACAUGUUAAUUAUGUCCCGUCCCCCCCUCAAUUUUUGUUAGUUAAGAAAAAAAAUCCAUGGUUUAAACCAGGAGGAUAACGAUCUGUUAGCCAAAGAUCCAUAUACAGUGGUACCUUGGUUCUCAAACGCCUUGGUACUCAGAGAACUUGGAACCCAAACGCUGCAAACCCGGAAGUAAGUAUUCCGGUUUGCGAGCAUUUUUUGGAAGCUGAACAUGCUCUGUUUUGAGUGUUACAUUUCCGUUUUGAGUGCCAUAUUCCCAUUUUGAGUGUUACUCUAAGGUCUGUCUAUUGUUGCUAUUUAUGUUGUGUUUUUGUUUUUGCGCCUUUUUUGUUUUGUUUUUGUGGCUGUGUGGAACCCAGUUCAGCUACUGAUUGAUUGUGUGACUGCAGUACAUUGUUUACUGCUUUCAUUUCAUGGAUCAAUGGUCUCGUUAGACGGUAAAAUUGAUGUUAAAUUGCUGCUUUAGGGGUUGUUUUUAAAAGUCUGGAACGGAUGAAUCCAUUUUGCAUUACUUUCUAUGGGAAAGCGCGCCUUGGUUUUGGAACGCUUUGGUUUUGGAACGGACUUCCGGAACGGAUUAAGUUUGAGAACCAAGGUACCAUUGUAUAAAAAUGCCCAGGCAGCACAACUCUAUGCAGGUUUCUUUGGCAGUAAGUUUCGCCACGUUUAUUGGAGCUUGUUCACUCAGGUUUACGCAAAUUGCAGCCCUUUGUGCUGAACACUGUGCCCACCAUGUAAUGUAACCUGCUAGGUGCUUGAUAACCACCCACACAAAUGAGUGUGCAUGUGUGUGUGUGUGUGUGUGUGUGUACACACCCAUUUUGUAGUCCCAAAUAAGACCUCCCUUCUCCUUCCCACUUUCCAUGUCCAUCUUGGUAGGUCAAACACACCACUCGACAACAUCUGUGAAAAUAGCCAGCACAUUGAAUACGUUUGCUUGCUGCCACAAUUGAGGUGGCUUCCUGUGACAGCAGGGACACUUUUUAAGAAUUCGGGGCUCUCGGCAAAUUUUAAAUAGAAAAAAGCUAUAUAUUUAAAGAGACUUUGUUGACGUUAUACUGUUUUUGUUCUGCAUCUUACAGUAUAGCAGCAUUGUCAACCCAGCUUCACUCUUUUCGGCAAAAUGGACAUGUUCCUUAAGUGUGCACACUUAACACAUAAUAAUAAUAAUAAUAAUAAUAAUUUAUUAUAAUGAUAAUUUGCUAUUUAUACCCCGCCCAUCUGGCUGGGUUUCCCCAGCCACUCUGGGCGGCUCCCAACAGAAUGUUAAAAACACGAUAAAACAUCAAACAUUAAAAACUUCCUGAAACAGAGGUGCCUUCAGAUGUCUUCUGAAAGUCAGAUAGUUGUUUAUUUCCUUGACAUGACUUCAUUUAGUUGUUUAAUAGCAUUGUCACCCAGCUGUUUGAGCCAGGGAGUUGGCCAGAAAUAUAGAUAUUACAGAGGAGACUUACCACACACCGUGUGCUGCCUAACUCAUCCUAUUAAAUGACUCUCUAGUUUUACUACUUUGCCUGCCUUUGAAAAUCUUGCAAGAAAUGCUCUCUGCUGUGUACCUGUUAGUUUCAGCUUUCUUUUGUUUGUUUUUUAAAGCAAGCCUCUGGUCCUCAUGGUUCAACAGAGUUCAUCUCGCAACCACAGCCCUUCCUCCUCAAUGUCCUCAGAUGAUUCUUUUUAGCGCUAAAACUAAUCAGACAGGUUCCUGUUAAGCAAUUAACCAGCUGAGCAGAAAGAGGAAUGGUGCUUCUCCCAAAGAUUAAUUCUCUCUUCAAACACACACACACAAAAGUUUAACCCCUUCCUUCUUCCUUCUCCUCCUGUUUUAUUUCAUUUGGAGAGAGGCAAGAAGAGAGCUAUCUACAAAGAUGAUGAUGAUGAUGAUGAUGAUGAUAAAAGGCCCUGAAUUCUCUGGAAGACUCUGGCUGUGUUCUGCUUGUUGUUGUUUAGUCGUUUAGUCAUGUCCGACUUUUCAUGCCCCAUGGAAGUCCUAUCCACAGCCCCUGUGCAACAUUCAGUGGACUUUGUUGUUGUUGUUUAGUCGUUUAGUCGUGUCCGACUCUUCGUGACCCCAUGGACCAGAGCACGCCAGUCACUCCUGUCUUCCACUGCCUUCAGUUUGGUCCAACUCAUGUAGGUAGCUUCGAGAACACUGUCCAACCAUCUCGUCCUCUGUUGUCCCCUUCUCCUUGUGCCCUCCAUCUUUCCCAACAUCAGGGUCUUUUCCAGGGAGUCUUCUCUUCUCAUGAGGUGGCCAAAGUAUUGGAGCCUCAGCUUCAGGAUCUGCCCUUCCAGUGAGCACUCAGGGCUGAUUUCCUUCAGAAUGGAGAGGUUUGAGCUUCUUGCAGUCCAUGGGACUCUCAAGAGUCUCCUCCAGCACCAUAAUUCAAAAGCAUCAAUUCUUCGGCGAUCAGCCUUCUUUAUGGUCCAGCUCUCACUUCCAUACAUGUGUUCUGCUUAGAUACGGUUUUAAGGGGGAAUUGUUUGCUAGUUUUUAAUUAAAGGAAAAUAUAUCAGGAGGGGAAACUGUGGCAUUGAGCCAGGGCCCCUUUGCAGACAUCCUGCUGAAAAUGUCCCAUUUAGCAACCCUUUAGCUCAGUGUUUCCCAAACUUGGGUCUCCGGCUGUUGUUGGACUACAACUCCCAUCAUCCCAAACUAGCAGGACCAGUGGUCAUGGGUGAUGGGAUUUGUAGUCCAAAAACAGCCCGAGACCCAAAUUUGAAAAACCCUCCUUUAGCUAUCAUGGCUAACAGCCACUGACGUAACCUCAACUCCUUUGUGAAUUUGUCUGAUCUUUUUUUUAAAAGCAACCGAAUGCAGCUGGGCAUCCCCAUUGAAUGUGUGAACGCUAGAGACAGGGACUUUUCCACCACCCAGCUUCCAUGUGUUUGAGUGAGAAGCAGAGAGAGUUCAGAGGCCAAACAGUUCUUGCAUUGAACGAGGGCUGGACUAGUUGACCUUCUCUUACUAUGGUUACCUAUGAAUCUAUGCAGUGUUUGGGAGGAACUCCCUCACUCGAAAGGCAGGCCAGCAUGGAAAGCAUUGGACAAGAGUUGGCACUUUGAGUCACGACAGCAUGAUGUGAGGUCCUGCUCCAGAACAGGGCUGUUGUCAUUUGCCUUCCCUAAACGGCCUCGGUCCUGUAUACCUGAAGGAGCGUCUCCACCCCCAUCGUUCAACCCAGACACUGAGGUCCAGCUCUGAGGGCCUUCUGGCGAUUCCCCCCCUGCAAGAAGUGAGGGAACCAGGCAGAAGGCCUUCUCGGUGGUGGCACCCGCCCUGUGGAACACCCUCCCAUCAGAUGUCAAGGAAAUAAACAGCUAUAUUACUUUUAGAGAACAUCUGAAAGCAGCCCUGCUUAGGGAAGUUUUUAAUGUUUGAUGUUUUAUUGUGUUUUUAAUAUUCUGUUGGGAGCUGCCCAGAGUGGUUGGGGAAACCCAGCCAGAUGGGCGGGGGUAUAAAUAAAUUGUUGUUGUUGUUGUUAAAUCCUGUGAUUCUCAGGAACCAAGGAGGCAGGAACAAUACGGAGCAAAACCAAGAGAUUUUUCCUGAUGCUGAGCAGUAAAGUGUCAUGCUUGGUCUCAUGCACACAGAUCAGGCUCAGCCCCAAGUAGCAAUGCAAAAUGCGCCAGGUGAGCAGUUGAAACUUCUAAUUCUUUAAGCUGGAGCUCACCCUAGGACUGUAUCUAGUCGAGCUCACAUCCCUCCUUGUGAUAGCCUCAUCUUUUUCAAAGCCAUUCCUGUGCAAGCCCCUUUUCUUUUUCUUUUAAGGCUAACAGCCACAGGCUGUGUGUCUGUUUCAAGUUCAGCAGAGUUCACAUAAGAUUUGCACCUGCGUCUGAAAACGAUUGUUUCGCGGUCCUUGGAAUCGGCCCGUAGGGGACGUUCUGCUUGGCUCCAGAAUGACAGCUUGACUUUGGCUGCAGAAAAGGAUGGAUCCCACAUUUUGUUUUGUUGUUUUGUUCAACGGAAGAACUGUUCAGAGAAUUUAGAAGCGUUGGUGCGAAGAUGGUUGCAAGGGAUUGGGGAUCACUGUUUCCGCCUCCCUCUCUUCCUGCCAAGGCUAUCGUGAUUUGUAAUAAUCAGAACUUUUGGAAGCCCGGUUCAUGCUUGAAUAAAUUGAACAGAGCGCAUGUCUGUGACACAGUGUCUUCUUUGAGAUGUGAAACUGCGGCGUCCGGCCUUCGCCAGAGGCCCAUUCACUUGAAAGUGGGAUCGGAGGGUCUCAGAUGUCAGGGUCCCCUCCUUUUAGGAUUGGGGCUGGAAGCAGUUCAAAGGAAAGAGAUAUAAAUAUAUUUUGUCACAGGCGGUGGACGUGCUAAACUUGUUGCAAACUUGAACCAUGCCUUGAGAUAAGCUUGACUCUGAGAUCGUCAUUAGCCAAAGCAGUGUAUUGCCUUGAAAUCCCUGAAGAAACCUUGGGUUUCUAGGUAUUAAUCAUAGUUUGGGGAAGAAAAAUAAUCUGUGGGUGUGGGGACUGUAAACGUAGCAAUCACAAUGAACACUCUCCCCCCACCUCCCCCCACCCUACUUUAGAUGAAUCAACAAAUGGCACUGCUUGUGUUUAUUCAGAGCCGAACUGGGGAAGAGUUCACACACACACAUGCUUAUUCAAUUUUUUAUGACCGACGCAGCAUCAUGGUAUACUUGUGAGAAACAGUCAUCUAGGGCUAGGUGAGGCAUCAAUAUAUCUUCCAAAAACCGGUUUGAAGUUCAUAUCGUGAUUUCAUAGUUUUUGACCUAACAAUAUAUUGCAAAUCAUGAUGUUUGUUAGGGCUGGGUGAUAUAUAAUCCAAAACCAGUUUGAAGUCCAUAUCAAGAUAUUGGUUAAAAAAUUUCUGACCUACUGCAAAUCGCGAUGUAUUAGGGUGUGUGUGUGAUGCAAAAUGCACAAUAUGGGAAAAACCGUGAAGCUGGCUGAUGGCCUCUACAUAGCUCUAUCUAUCUAUCAUCUAUCUAUCUAUCUAUCUAUCUAUCUAUCAUCUAUUAUCUAUCAUCUAUCUAUCUAUCUAUCUAUCUAUCUAUUUUUUUUUAUAAUUGAUAUUUAUUAAGUUUUCAAAGAAUAACAACAAAAAUUUCCAAAAAAAAUUUGAGGAUACAAAAAACAAAAAUAGUACAUAAACAAAAAAGAAAAGAAAACCCAGCCGCAAAGAAAGAGAGAAAAAAAAAAAAAAGAAAAACAGAAGAACAAAAAUAUAAAGUCCUUUACAAUCUCUAUUGACUUCCUUUCUAGACUUCCUCCUCCUCCCCUCUCUUGUUUCUUAAUUUUUAAUUUUUACAGCAAAUCCUUUCUGUUUUUUCAUAACAAUCUGUCAUUACGUUUCCUUAUUCUAUUUUCCCUCUUGUCAUAUAAAAACUUUAAGACUCAUAGCUUAUAUUCAAUAUUUACCAAAUUCUUACAUCAUUACCUUUUUACGAAUCAUUUACCAAUCCUUACUUAAGCCAUGUAAUUUCAUUCAACAUCCUUCAAACAUUUGUAAGCAUUCCCAAUAUUAAAAAUAAAAAGGAAAAAAUAAUAAGUCAAAUUCAGCUUCCAACCUCCCUCCCCUGGACCCGGGAUUGUCAGUCCUUUUAACCUCGAUAAUCCGGCUCCUUAACCUGGUUGUCUCGUGUCCGAGGCCCUCAAGUCUCUUUCUUGCCCCUUUCGCCACUCUUGUUGAUGAUUCCCUUCCAGUCGUGGAUGCUCCAGCAAGAAAAUGCUUUUGACCCUUUGCAGCAAGUCCAUCCCAAACCCAUUGCCCAAGCCAGACAGCAAAUAAUACCACUUCAAAUUUCCACAAAGCUUGGAGACUUCGGCUACUCCAAUCCUCUGAUAGCCCAUCACUAGACUCAGAAGGUCCAAAUAACCAUAUGGAGGGGGGUCGAUCCAUCCCCCCCAUUUCCAAAUCUGACCACAUUUCAUCUUUCCGAAUCUGGUUUGUCCCAAGUUCAUUUAUCAAGUUCAAAGGCUGAUCUUGCCCGUCCAAAGGUCCCUCCAUCUCUGAAGCCUCCCUCACUACAGCAGGUUCAUAUGCUUGUAUAGCCUUUAACUGGAUUUCAUUUGUUUGCUGCUGUGCUCUGGUAACUUCCAUCAUCAAGGUCGUCUCCUGACGCAUCUGGUCCAGCUGGGCACUUAGUUUUGAAAAACCUUCCAGGAACAAUUGUUCAAGCCUUUGUACUAGCAUUGUCCUUCAAGGUCGAAGAAAAUUCUUUCCCACGACAAUAGUCCAAUAGUCCUUCUCUUUUAAUCUCUCUGCGUUGCAAUUUCACUAAAUUCCACUAGAUGGAAAUUUUUUUUUUAAAAGGAAUAAAAGCAACAGCAACAAUCUUUCUUUUCCAGAAACACUUUCUCCAAAAUUCCCCUUCCAAAUUCAAGAGGCAACAGUAGAAUCAAAAUGUUACCCUUCUUUUAACUAACUGUCGAGCUGGAUAAACUUCAGAACGUCAAUUCUGACAGCCCGCUCCUGGUUCAGGGCGGUGGAAAAUUGCUUUAUUUUAAACUCACUUCCGCAGGAUUGAAAAGUCCAAAUACAACCCCUUCUUCUCCUGCAGUCAAAGGGGGGGUUCAGAAAUCUUAGAUGUUGAAUUCUAGUUCUCUUAGAAUUUAAUUUUCAAGCUUUAGUAUAUUUUGUCUUUGCUUUCUUCACGUAACAAAAGAACGGAAGGCGACUUCCUGUUUAGACCUUCCCGUUCCGAGUCCCAAUUAAGUUCAAUUUCAAGUCCAAUAUUAUUUGUUUAUUCACCAGUCUUAAAAGUGGUUCAACUCUUCCAAGAUCAGGUACUCACGGAUAGAUAUUUUAGAUGCCAAAUUGUCCAGGAAAAGGCAGCGCUCUCCGAUAACGGCAGUGCGGCUUUGCUGCACGGAGGUAGCAGUAGACUCGCAGCAGAACGCACCACCCAUUCCGGAGCCCGAUACCGGGCUCCAGUACAAGUGGAGAGAGCCCUCAUGGUGACCGCAGAGUCCCACGUCCACAGGCUUCUUCCGCCUGUGGUUUUUAAGGGUCCCCGCUGCGCCGUAGCGGCAGGACCCAAGCCUCCGUGCAGCGGGUUCCCUUCAGUCCGAAGGGAAUUCCGCCAUUUUCCGGAAGUCCCCUAUCUAUCUAUCUAUCUAUCUAUCUAUCUAUCUCUCUAUCUAUCUAUCAUCUAUCUAUCUAUCAUCUAUCAUUUAUUUAUUUAUUUAUUUAUUUAUUUAUUUAUCUAUCAAUCUAUCUAUCUAUCUAUCUAUCUAUCAUCUAUCUAUCUAUCUUUCUCAGUAUGUUUAGCUGGCGAUGAAUCACAAAGUUGAAAACCAGCUCCAUCCUUUUUUCAGAUAUUGUGAUAUAGCAUUGUGAUAUAUCACUGUAUGCUUGUGAAACAUGUAACACUUAUAAAUGCCAUCUCCAACUCCUUGGAAGAUUCCAUCAACGGUGUCUCUGAAAAUUUUUACACAUCACUUGGGAAGACAGGCAGACUAAUGCCAGUGUACUGGAAGAAGCAAAGAUCACCAGUGUCGAAGCAAUGAUUCAACAUCAACUUUGUUGGACUGGUCAUGUUGUGCGGAUGCCUGAUUAUUGUCUUCCAAAGCAACUACUCUAUUCCAAACUUAAAAAUGGAAAGCAUAAUGCUGGUGAUCGACAAAAGAGGUUUAAAGACUCUCUCAAGACAAGUGUUUAAAAAAUGUAGUAUAAACACCGACAACUGGGAAACACUGGCCUGCGAGUGCUCCAUUUGGAGAACAGCCUUUUGCAAAGAUGUCAUGGGCUUUGAAGAUGCUUGAACUCAGGACGAAAGGGAGAAACAUGCUAAGAGGAAGGCACACUUGGUCAACCCUCACCGUGAUCACCUCCCGCCCAGAAACCUAUGUCCCCACUGUGGAAGGACAUGUGGAUCCAGAAUUGGCCUCCACAGUCACUUACGGACUCACUGUUAAAACUGUGUUUAUGGAAGACAAUCUUACUUGGCUACGAGUGAUCACCAAAGAAGAAGAAGAAGUUAUAUCAGCAUAGCACAAUGUUUAGCUGGCGAUGUAUCACAAAGUUGAAAAAACCAGCUCCAUCCUUAUUUCAGACAUUGUGAUGUGUUGGUAUAUUGUGACGUUUAGCUGGCGAUAGACUGCGAUGUUGAGAAGCAGAUAUCGCCCAGCCCUACAGGCAUCCCAGAUCAGAAUGCGGCAGGUGGAGUUUCCCUAUUGGCUGCGCAAUGACGGGUGAUGGAUGAACCCUUUUUUAGAAAGAAAGAAAGAAAGAAAGAAAGAAAGAAAGAAAGAAAGAAAGAAAGAAAGAUGUGCUAAAAGCUCACUGGAGAUAGAAAACUAGAAUACUUGGGUCAAAGGUGUGGGACAAAAUAAUAAUAAUAUAAUAAUAUCAUCUUUUCAUUUGCAAGUUGUUUUUCAUGUUGACAGGCACUCCAAACUGAAGGCCCCCCCAUCACCACAUACAGGCUGAAGUGAUGCCGUCCAUUCUUCCAACUGAGUGGUCCAUCACUUCAUUCCCUUGCAUGUGUAGACGAGCCUUUAAGGAAGCUAGUUUGCGGGUUUGAGCCGCAAGUACCGUAUUUUUUGCUCUAGAAGACUCACUUUUUCCCUCCUAAAAAGUAAGGGGAAAUGUGUGUGCGUCUUAUGGAGCAGAUGCAGGCUGCACAGCUAUCCCAGAAGCCAGAACAGCAAGAGGGAUUGCUGCUUUCACUGCGCAGCGAUCCCUCUUGCUGUUCUGGCUUCUGAGAUUCAGAAUAUUUUUUUCUUGUUUUCCUCCUCCAAAAACUAGGUGCGUCUUGUGGUCUGGUGCGUCUUAUAGAGCGAAAAAUACGGCAAUCCUGCGAUUAGUCAUCAAAUGAGACAUACCAAGGGAUGCAGGUGUGUGCGCAUGUGUGUGUGAAUCAGUCCCAACUUGUUGUGGUUCAAAGCUAAAUAGCAAAUACGAGGAGAUGGGCGUUCCAGAGUCCAAUUUACUUCCCCGGGCAAAGUAAUUAUAGGACAGGUUCAUUUACUCAGUACUUUACGUUCUGGUGCUGCAAUUCGGUUUUUGUGGGGGCCUUCAUAAGCGCUCUCUGAAUCAGGUGAGUCUCAAAGAGCCAUCCGGUUGCAUUCAAUACUUGACCUACCCAAUAAUAAUGUGAAUAAUGAGUUUCCAUUUGAAAAAUGGCAAAGAGGUGUGUGUAGCAAGGUAAAAACAACAACAACACCAGGAGUUUGGGAAAUUAUUCCUUUUCCUUUUGGGGCUUCUGGUGUCAUGUAGCUUAAGCGAUUUUUUUUUGGCUUGUUGAGAAAAUGUGUGAGUUGAUGGCUUUCUAACCAGCUACAGGCAAUGUCUCUUAGUCUGAAGUUUAAUUCUGGACUCUUAAGUAGUUUUUUAUUAGUAGUGAAAAAAUAUCUUUAAGCUUGUAGAAGCCCACUUUUCCUCACUGUUGAAAUGAACCUGUUUUUGCUGCUUAACAACAAAAAGAGAAGGGUGGUUGAUCAGAGGGGUCAAAGUUCAGUUCAAAGGUAUUGAUUCUCUAUUAGUUCCAUUUUACCAGAUCAGCUCUUUUACUAAUGGACAAGCUUUUCUGACAGCAAUCUAAACUCCACUUUUUACAAACAGUGAAGAAAAGGGUGAAAGGCAAACACAACAUUUGUGUACCGUUCGGUGGAACCUCUCCCUGUGUCGCUCCCAAACCAUUCCCCUGAAAGAAACAACACAUAGUCUCAACACCCGAAACCUCCCACCCACCCCCUUCAGUGCUUCGUUUGUGACCAGUGUAGACGUGUGGAUAACAGUCCCGUUGGGAGAGUUCAUAGAAUUGUGGACCCGAAGAGUCAUCUAGUCCAACACCAUGCAAUGCAGAAAACUCAGCUAAAGCAUCCAUGCUUUUGUGUGUGUCCUGUGUAUUGUGAGUUGUUGUUGAUGAUAAUAAUAAUAAUAAUAAUAAUAAUAAUAUUAAUAAUAAUAAUACCCCACCCAUUUGGCUGGGUUUCCCCAGUUACUCUGGGCAGCUUACAGCAUAUAUAGGUAAAGCUAAAGGGACCCCGACAGUUAAGUCCAGUCGCGAAUGACUCUGGGGUUGCGGCGCUCAUCUUGCUUUAUUGGCCGAGGGAGCCGGCGUACAGCAUCUGGGUCAUGUGGCCAGCAUGACUAAGCCACUUCUGGCGAACCAGAGCAGCGCACGGAAACGCCGUUUACCUUCCCGCCGGAGCAGUACCUAUUUAUCUACUUGCACUUUAACAUGCUUUUGAACUGCUAGGUUGGCAGGAGCAGGGACUGAGCAACGGGAGCUCACCCCAUCACAGGGAUUCGAACCGCCAACCUUCUGAUCAGCAAGCCCUAGGCUCUGUGGUUUAGACCACAGCGCCACCCGCGUCCCUAUAGCAUAUAUAAAAACAUAGUAAAACUUCAAGCAUUAUAAACUUCCUGAUACAAGGCUGCUUUCAGAUGUCUUCUGAAAGUUGUGUAGUUCUUUAUCUCCUUGACAUCCGAUGGGAGGGCGUUUCACAGGGCGAGCGCCACUACCCAGAAGGCCCUCUGCCUGGUUCCCUGUAACCUUGCUUCUCGCAGGGAGGGAACCACAAGAAGGCCCUCGGAGCUGGACCCCAGUGUCUGGGCUGAACGAUGGGGCUUUAAAGGUCAACACCAGCACUUUGAACUGUGCUCGGAACUGUACUGGGACCCAGUGUAGGUCUUUCAGGACCGGUGUUAUAUGGUCUCGGCGGCCACUCUCAGUUACCGGUCUCGCUGCUGCGUUCUGGAUUAAUUGUAGUUUCCGGGUCACCUUCCAAGGUAGCCCCAUGUAGAGCGCGUUGCAGUAGUCCAAGCGGGAGAUAACCAGAGCAUGCACCACUCUGGCAAGACAGUCUGCGGGCAGGUAGGGUCUCAGCCUGCAUACCAGAUGGAGCUGGUAGACAGCUGCCCUGCAUGCAAAACUGACCUGGGCAGAAUUGAUCUUGUUGCUUUUGUGGGGGUGUGGGGGUGUAAAUACUGUAUCGAUAGGGUGUGGCGAAUGUGGAAUGAAUGCAUAUGAAGAGAGACCAAGCACAUUUCUCUCGAUUUCUCUCUAGAUCUUUCUUUUCUUUUCUUUCUUUCUUUGCUUUUCUUUUUUAUUCUUCCACAACUUGAACCAGCAAUUCCUCUUAGAAUUCCCACCAGUGCAUGGAAAUGACAUUAUUAUGGGGAAUAUAUAAAUCAGCAUCUUCCUAGAAGUGCUGACUUCACUGUUCCCUCAGCAACGCAGGCGGGGGGUGGGACGGGACAGGAACCUUCAGAUGAUGAGACGUGUGGCAUGUACUUAGGGCUGGGUUUUUUAUAUUAAAAAAAACCCUUCCAUUUAUAUUUGGCUUUUCUGAAAUUGGUCUUAUUAUAUUCCUGGGUGGGGGUUGUGAAGUAAUAAUAAAAAACACCACUUGUCCCCCCUCCUCCUCCCAUGAUGGUGAUGGAUCUGUAUGUCAAAUACAGCAGGAGUGAGAUGACAUGACAGUUGCCGCGGCAACACCUCCAACUCUAUAAAAAUAGGACAGAGAUGGGACUUCACGACAGUAGAUCACACAGAAUUUCCCGAGCUGAUGCAUUACGGUUGGCCUCACUGCCAAAGCAAUUGUGAGGCCUUUCUGGUGCCUCCGAUGAGGGACAGCAGACAUUUGGUUCAUCCUGAAAAGGUCUAAACUUCAAGGGUCUUGCAGAGGCAAGCUAUAUGUGGACCCCAAGCAAUUUAUCUGUACAAUCAGAAUGAAUUUCAGGAACCCAAAAGUCGUACUGAAAAAUGCAACUUUUGACUGGCCCCAAAAUGGUCACCCUGGUUUAAGAAGCCAUUUGGCGCCUAGCUUACAGAUCUGAGUUUCUAACACUGUUUCUAGCCGAGAGGUGCUUGUGAGAUGUUUUACUCUAGGUUCAAUCACCCCCUUACCCUCCCCUCCAUCCCAUUUUCUUACCUUGAUUUUUUUUCGACUUCUGCUUGCUCCCUGCUCCCUUUCCGCCCCCCUCAGAAGCUGGCUGGCUCCGACCCGGUGGUCCACUGCCCGCCUAUCCCUCCUGUUGAGAAGCCCGCUGGUACCACAAUCGGAAAUGGAUCACUUCGAGCGCAGUGACAGCCCGCCACGAAAAAGCUUGCAGGGUGCGAGGGGGACCAGGGCGAAGGGGAAGGGAGGCGAGGGAGGAGCGGGCCACUCCAGUGCCUUUUUUCCCUAGGAAAAUAGCACUGCAUAUGCAGUUACAUAACAUCCAGGCCUGUCCUAAGUACAGUGGUACAGUGGUGCCUCGCAAGACGAAAAGAAUCCGUCUCUUCGUCUUGCGGGUUUUUUCGUCUUGCGAAGCAAGCCCAUUAGCGGUUUAGCGGUUUAGCGGAUUAGCGCUACAGUAUUAGUGGCUUAGCGGGCUUAGCGGAUCAGCGGGCUUAGCGAUCAGCUGUUAAGCGGCUUAAAGAUCAGCUGAUAAGCGGCUUAACGAUCAGCUGAUAAGCGGCUUAGCGAUCAGCUGUUAAGCGGCUUAGCCGAUCAGCUGAUAAGCGGUUUAGCGGCUUGGGAGAAAGGGGGGGGAAAGGGAAAAAACCCCGCAGAAACUCGCAAGACAUUUUCGUCUUGCGAAGCAAGCACAUAGGAAAUUCGUUUUGCGAAGCACCUCCAAAACGGAAAACCCUUUCGUCUAGCGGGUUUUCCGUCUUGCGAGGCAUUCGUCUUGCGGGGCACCACUGUACCUCGGUUUACGAACGGUCCUGUUUACGAACUAUUCAGUUUACGAACUCCGCAAAACCAGAUGUAGUGUUUGCAAACUUUACCUCAGUCUACGAACGGAAGCUGAAUGGUGGAAGGGCACCGGCAGCAGGAGGUCUCAUUAGGGAAAGCACUCCUCAGUUUAAGAACGGAUUUGGUUUACUUAAAUAUCUUUUUAAGUUCAUUAUAAAUUAAUUCCCAGAAUCUUUUAACCUUGUCACACCACAUAUGAAAGUACACUUUUCCCAAAAGACCAGAGGCAUUUCUGCUAGGUCUAGUGGGAAGAGAGAUUAAAAUAAAAGAUCAGAAUUUGUUUAUGUAUGCCACAGCUGCCGUGAGAACUCUACUGGCCCAAAAAUGGAAAACACAAGAUUUACCAACCAUUCAGGAGUGGCAGGUGAAGAUGACAGAUUUUGCGGAACUUGCCAAAUUGACAGGGAGGAUCUGGGACCAAGAGGACCAGAGAUACAAUAACAACUGGAGUAAAUUUAUUGAAUAUUUAAAGGAGAACUAUAAAAGUCUAAAGACACUAGCAGGACUGGUAUAAUACCUUCAAUGUAAAAUAGUAGUGUUAUGACAAUAAUAUACGCGAUAAGUAUGUGAUGUAUAUACCAGCUGAGGGGAGGGAGGGAAGUCAAGACUCGGCAGAGUCAAAGGGAUUAUAUUGUGAUAAUAAGGAUUGUUGGAAAAAGGAUUAUAUGAAGAAAAUAAUAAAAAUUCAUUUCAAAAAAGAAAGAACGGAUUUGGUUUAAGAACUGGACUUCAGGGACGGAUUAAGUUCGUAAACCGAGGUACCGCUGUAUUGCAGUCAACGGAGAUAUACCAGAGGCUUCGUGGUAGGCUAGAGGGGGUGGCCAAUAUUGGGAUCCUUCCGUUCCGAAUAUCUGACCCUCAGAGCAGCUUCAAGACGCUGUUUCAGAGCUUCUUUUUUAUAAUUUUUAAAAUUAAUUUUAACAUAUAAAUUAUAAAAUGUACCACAGAACUUAUCACUUAUACAAUCUUUUUGGACUUCCAUCAGCACCUCUGAUGAUCCACCAUUUUAACCACUUCUUAUGCAUUUCUUAACUUUAUAUUGCCUUUACAUCUCUUAACAAAUCAUCCUCCCCCUUGUCCAUUUUUACAAUACUUCUAAUAAUACUCCUCACAAAACUUCUUGCAACCCUACAAAUGUCAUCUGUUCUUCACAAUUACUUUUCAAAUAGUCCGUAAAUUUACAGUCUUCCGUGAAUUUCUGGUCUCGCCAGUUUCGAAUCCUUCCUGUUAGUUUAUCUAAUUCUGCAUAGUCCAUUAACUUCAUCCUCCAUUCUUCAAUCGACGGUAACUCUUCUUGCUUCCAUUUUUGGACCAAUAAUAUUCUUGCUGCUGUUAUUGCAUAUAAGAAGAGCUUACAUUCCUUUCUAUUUAUAUCACUCCCCCAAUGCCCAAAAUAGAAAUGCUUCUGGUUUCUUUAUAAAUGUAUAUUUCAACAUUUUUUUCAACUCAUUAUAUAUCAUCUCCCAGAAGCAUUUCACCUUUUUACAUUCCCACCACAUGUGAUAAAAUGUUCCCUCUUUUUCUUUACAUUUCCAACAUUUAUUACUUACUUGCUGUUUCAGAGCUUCAGUAGCAGCUCAGUCUCACAACCGCACAUAGCUGAACGUGGCUUUGAAUAUCACCUGGCCAUGCAACGCAGCAUCAUUUAUUUUUGCUCUCACGACGAAUACCUCAGAGUGCCCUGUGACUGGUCGUGCCAGAUUUUCAGGCGUUUUGACUGAAGAGGCAGCUGAGUGCUCCUUCAACGCACCUGCGCGUUUGACGAUCCUUUCAAGCACCAGGCCUUGCAAACUGCUUGGGGGGGGGAGGGGAAAUACUUGGAAACACUAUAGAGGAGGGGCAACCAACGCCAGCUUACAUUAGCCCCAGCUAGCAUAGCUGCUGGUAAGAGGCGGUGGGAGUUAUAGCGCAGCGCCACAUGAAAGGCCCCGGGAUGGUUUUCUCUGCUGUAAAGAGCCUCCAUUGAAUUUUUAUUUAUACUUUUCAAGUUUGCACAUUUCACUAACUUUAUACAUUGCAUUAAUUUCACAAUCAUUUUGACAUUUCAAAACUUGACUUCCUUCCCCCCCUUCUGCAAUUCCUUAAAUUUAUUUUUAAUAUCUUCUGCAUAUCCAAAUGAACCUAAUUUGCUCAUUUAUUCAUCUUCUUUAAAUAUAUGCUCUUAUGAAACUGCAGUUUAUUACAAUGCCAAUGUUCUUAUCUGUUUACAAUUUAUCUGUAAAUAUUCAGCAAACCAUUUCUAUUCUAUUUUUAAAAGUUGAUUUCUUAUUCGUCCGGCGAGUUUUUGCCAUUUCUGCAUAUUCCAUAAGUUUUUGUAUCCAUUCUUCCUUUGCUGGAACUACUACUACUACUACUUUUUCUUCUUCUUCUUCUUCUUCUUCUUCUUCUUCUCCUUCUUCUUCUUCUUCUCCUUCUUCUUCUUCUUCUUCUUUCCAUUUUUGGGCAAGUGUGCUGUAGUAGCAUACAUGAAUAAGCUUCUAUACAAUUUUUUAUAAUUCCCAAAAGAAAAGCUUCUGGUUGUUGUUUUUUACAAAGGUUAUUUUAAACAUCCUUUUCAUUUCAUUAAAUAUCUCAGGUGUGGAGGGAAAAUGUGGCAUGGAAAGUGUUCCCCCUGCUGGAGAAUACCCGAUUCUCAAAUUUCUCAAUAACUCGCAAAUUGUGAGGUGCUGUUGCUUGUGUUUCUCUAUGUUAGUCUGCACACUGAGAAACAGGGGCAGCAAAACAAAACGCCCUAUAGGACUAUGAAACAAAUUGUUGUUGUUUAGUCAUUUAGUCGUGUCUGACUCUUCAUGACCCCCUGGACCAGAGCAUGCCGGGCACUCCUGUCUUCCACUGCCUCCCGCAGUUUGGUCAAACUCAUGCUGGUAGCUUCGAGAACACUAUCCAACCAUCUCGUCCUCUGUCGUCCCCUUCUCCUUGUGCCCUCCAUCUUUCCCAACAUCAGGGUCUUUUCCAGGGAGUCUUCUCUUCUCAUGAGGUGGCCAAAGUACUGGAGCCUCAUCUUCCCGAUCUGUCCUUCCAGUGAGCACUCAGGGCUGAUUUCCUUCAGAAUGGAGAGGUUUGAUCUUCUUGCAGUCCAUGGGACUCUCAAGAGUUUCCUCCAGCACCAUAAUUCAAAAGCAUCAAUUCUUCAGCGAUCAGCCUUCUUGAUGGUCCAGCUCUCACUUGCAUACAUCACUACUGGGAAAACAAAUAGACGCUUUAAAAAAAGCACUUCUGCACUUAAUUACUCUGCUGUUACUCAUCUGUGGGAAGAAGGCUUUGCAUAUGAUUUUAUCACGUUUAAAUCCCACCCUUCCUCAUUGGUUAAUCUUCACAACAACAGGCAGGUUGGCUGAUAGAGACCGCCUUGCCUCGGCACAUCUACUCAGCUUCAUGCCUGAGCAGCGUGUUGAACUGAUCUCCCAGGCUUAUUUCUUUAUCUACCUAUUUACCAUCUAUCUCCUAGAAUCGUCGAAUUGUAGAGUCGGAAGAGACCCAAAGGUUUUCUGGUCUGAGCCUGUGCGAUGCAGGGAUCUCAACUAAAGCAUCCAUAACAGAUAUCGCUUCAUAUCCCAAAAGUUUAAUAUCCAAAAAUCUCAGCUGUGCAAGAAAAUAAAAGGAGAGCAGUGCCAACAACACAAAAAAGCAGGAUAAAAUGCAGUUCACUCUUUACACUAAAAUUAGGGUUGCCAUAUUUCAAAAAGUGAUCCUGGCAUAAAGGUUGGGGUUUUGUUUUGUUCUUUUGCUAAGUUGUUGAGCUCUUGUUUUGUUUUGCCCAAAGUUUUGAGCUUCUUCCUCUCUUUUUUUUGCAAAAUCUCAAAAAAAAAGAAAAAAGAUUUUGAGCAAUUUUUAAAGGGAAUUCCCCCCCCCCCCCCAAAAAAAAACUCCACUUCCAACAUGGGCUAGAUUUUCCUGGACAUUUUAAAUAGAAAAAUCUGCCCGGACGCUAUUAACAGCAGGUGAAAAUGUAGUACAGUGGUACCUUGGGUUACAUACGCUUCAGGUUACAUAUGCUUCAGGUUACAGGCUUCGCUAACCCAGGAAUAGUGCUUCAGGUUAAGAAUUUUGCUUCAGGAUGAGAACAGAAAUUGUGCUCCGGCGGCGCGGCAGCAGCAGGAGGCCCCAUUAGCUAAAGUGGUGCUUCAGGUUAAGAACAGUUUCAGGUUAAGAACGGACCUCCGGAACGAAUUAAGUAGUUAACCCGAGGUACCACUGUAUAUGCCGAAAACAUUACAUUGUUUCCCAUUACACAAUAUGUUUUACUUAAUCCUCUUGGUUUCAAUUGAGGGUAUUCAUCGCUUCCACUGAAGGCAUGCACCUGAGCUUUGGGUUGUGUACAGAGUUUAAGUAUCGCAACCACCACUGUUGCUUCAUAGUUAAGUGGGAAGGUCAGCAAGCAGCCCGGUGAUUCCUGAAGAGUUAUGCCACACGGGCGUGGUGCACAAAACGCAGAAGAGACAUUGCGAAGGUUGUUCUGUAGGGAACAGAAAAGGCACCCGGGCACUGACUCAUACACACCCCAAUUUUGUUUUUCACAGGACUUCCUAAAGGUCCCUGCCCAAAUCAGGCUGGUGCCACGGAAUGAGCAGAGCUCUUUUGUUAUUUUUUUGUAGAAAAUAAAAUAAAUAAACCAACUGGAAGCGAGCUUUUGAGCGUCACAGAACUCUUCGUCUGCGCGAAGGUGUUCGGCCUCAGCAGGAACUGCUUGUGUUUUCUUUCGAAACGAAAGCUACUGUAGAUGAACCCGUGGUCUGGCUUGGUAUCCUGUGUUCCUUUGUCAGUGGAACUGAAUUCUUUCUUACUGUUUUUUAGGAUGAAGGGUGAGCGCGAACACUGUACGGCAAUUUUAAGAGGGAACAAAGUGUUCCCCUUUGCUUGCAGGUUUCCCUUUCAGCUGGCUGCGGUUUGCUGACCACCUCUCCUACUGGAUGUUGUCACAGCUGCGGAGUUUGCUGAGGCAGGAUUAGUCCCCAGCGCUCUCUGCUAGACAUGUGACCUUUUGUACACUGUCCUCAUUUGACCCACCUUGGAUUGGGAUGAACCCAUGCUUUCUAAAAAUAGCACACCAGGCCCAGUAGGGAUUUGGUGGGCGGUUCAACAGAAAUACCUGUGGAAUCGCGGUGGAACGGGACUGAAAAUGCAGCCAACUAUUGUCUGCUCGUGAAAAAGGAGUACCUGUGCACAUAUAAGAAUUGUGUUAGGUUGAGUGUCUCCUGGCAGGAUUGCUUGCAGACAGCGAAUGUCCCUCAAAGAUAAUGUUCCGGGUUGGUAUCCCUGAUAGCGUUUGAGUGAAUUGGCACAAAGGUCUGGAAUGCUUUUGUUUCAAAGAGGAAUUGAUUUUUCUCUCUCUCUCUCUCAUUGAUCUCUCUCAUUCACAUGUGGAUUAUUUCUUCCUAAUUAGCAAAAUAGGAAGAGAGUGCCUUUUCUUAUAUAGACUCAGCAGGUCACUGCAUUUUGCAUCAUAGUUUUUUUUCUAAAGCCCCCCCCCCCCCCCAAUAUCAGAAACACGCUAUAUAGUAACUCAGAGCAGAGCUUUUAGUAUGGCUGCCCCUGUUCUUUGAGGAAGCAUCCAUACUGAGGUCCUGCCAACCUAGCAGUUCGAAAGCAUGCCAGUGCAAGUAGAUAAAUAGGUACCGCUGCAGUGGGAAGGUAAACAGCGUUUCCUUGUGCUCUUGUUUCUGUCACUGUGUCCUAUUGCGCUAGAAGCGGUUUAGUCAUGCUGGCCACAUGACCUGGAAAGCUGUCUGUGGACAAACACCGGCUCCCUCGGCCUGAAAGCAAGAUGAGCACCCCAACCCCAUAGUUGCCUUUGACUUGAUUUAACCAUCCAGGGGUCCUUUUCCUUUUUUUUUUUUUUUUUUUUUACAGGCCCCUGCUGUCUGUACUUCCUGGAAACAAUGGGUGAUAUAUCUGUUUUUAGAAGCUUCUCCAGAUGGAUAAAAUGUCUUAUCUGUUCAUUCCUGUAAUGUUUUCGAAAUCUGUCUUCAGUUGCUCUUGUAGAGUUAUCAAAACUAUUUUUAGCUUCUUCUUUGGUGUAAUUUUUGUAGAUCACGUGAUGCGAUUUUGUGAAAUGUGAGUUAGGCUGCAUAAUACAGUGGUACCUCGGGUUAAGUACUUAAUUCAUUCCGGAGGUCUGUUCUCAACCUGAAACUGUUCUUAACCUGAAGCACCACUUUAGCUAAUGGGGCCUCCUGCUGCCGCCACGCUGCCAGAGCCCGAUUUCUGUUCUUAUCCUGAAGCAAAGUUCUUAACCUGAAGCACUAUUUCUGGGUUAGCAGAGUGUGUAACCUUAAGCCUAUGUAACCUGAAGCGUAUGUAACCCGAGGUAUCACUGUAGUACAAGUUCCUGAAGAGAGGCAGACCUUUGUGCUUCAAAUUAUAAAAGCAAGAAUGGGCAACCUGUAGCAACUCCCAUCAUCCGUUGGCUCUGUUGACUGGGGUUGAUGGGAGUUGGAGUUCAACAAGGUCUGUGAUGGGUCGCAGGUUCCCCUUCUCUGGCAUGAAGCUGUGAAUGUGGGGGCUGGCAUCUUCAAAUCCUGUAGCAAUGCUGUCGUCCUACCCGAACUGACCUCAGAGCGCCAUAGAGAUUCCAGAGGAUUUUCUUUUGAGUAAACACACCUAGAAUUGUGUUGCGGUUUUUUUCACCAAUUAAGCAAGGCACACAAGGGAAGUGGUAGUCAGUUUGAAAUCUUCCCAUGAUCCUAUUUUGGCUUUUAAGAGCAAGAAGCAGGCAGACGAAUAGUUUGUCCCCUUGUGUGCAGGAACAAUAUGGUACAUGGGCUGCCAUGUUAGCAUCGUUCUAGUGUGUGUGUAAAUACAAAAAAUGUUAUUGUACUAGCCAUGGCCAUGAUAGAUCUGAAUCAAAAAUAAAUACAAGCAAAAGGGGUGUCGUGGCACAAAUAGUGGUCUCUAUUUAGAUCUCUGCGUCUCCCUUACGGCUCACUGUUAAAUGGUCCAGGAUAUUCUUUCUGAUAUUUUUUGCCGCCAAAGCAAAAAGGGCAACUUUAUGAGUCACUGAAGCCAUAGGACCUUCGCUGCUGGGGAGAGACAUUUUUCCUGUACGGAUGGUGACAAAUCAUCUGCCAGGUCCAAUGUAAAGCAGGCAAUAUAGUAAAUAGUGCAAUAUGUCUUCCACCGGCGAUUGCCCACAUAUUCAGAGUCUGUCUUCGUACGGUAUCCUGUUAUAUCAGCCAUCUAGGAUGGCGGAGGACAUAUCUUGAAAACACAGCUCAGUAAAAGCGAAUCUUAGUGAGGCUGGCCGGAGAUUCAACAGGUAUCCUAGUGUGGAUUUACUACUUUGAAGUAAGUCCUGUUCAGCUCAGUGAAGCAUCAUCAUAAGGCAAGUUUGCAGAGCAUCAAAUGAUCCCCUUUGAUAGCAGUAGGUUUGAAGCAGUGUUUCCCAAACUUGGGUCUCCAGCUGUUUUUGGACUACAGUUCCCAUCAUCCCUGUCCACUGGUCUUGCUAGCUAGGCAUGAUGGGAAUUGUAGUCCAAAAACAGCUGGAACGCCAAGUUUGAGAAACACUGGUUUGAAGUAAACAUGCAGAUGACCACGCUGUCAGUCACACAUAGCAGCACAAGAUAAGGUAAAGGUAAAGGGACUCUUGACCAUUAGGUCCAGUUGUGGCCGACUCUGGGGUUGCGGUGCUCAUCUCGCUUUAUUGGCCGAGGGAGCCAGCAUACAGCUUCUGGGUCAUGUGGCCAGCAUGACUAAGCCACUUCUGGCGAACCAGAGCAGCACACGGAAAUGCCGUUUACCUACCCGCCUGAACGGUACCUAUUUAUCUACUUGCACUUUGACGUGCUUUCGAACUGCUAGGUUGGCAGGAGCUGGGACUGAGCAACGGGAGCUCACCCCGUCGCGGGGAUUCAAACCGCUGACCUUCUGAUUGGCAAGUCCUAGGCUCUGUGGUUUAACCCACAGCGCCCCCCGUGUCCCAGCAGCACAAGAUAGGAUUGCUUAAAUAGAAUGGAAAUGUACACAUUGCUUAGUGGGUGGUGAAAAUGACUCAAAUCCAGCCCAGAGUUGGCAAAGUGAACCAAAGGGCUCCAGUGUCUCAAAUCCAGGCCCGUAUCUAGAGAGCGCAUUCUGAACAUGUUCAAAAGUGCUCUGAAAACAGGAAAACGUGUGAGACAAGCCGGCGACCACCAGGCACUUUCUGGCUCACAGCUGAUUUUCUGAGAAUGCUCCUUAGCCACCCUUCCUACAAAUGGAAUUAUAUUAAAACGUCCUGAUUUAUCCUCCAACAUCAACUUUUGAUUCUCUGCGACAAGACUGUUUAAUCAAUGGGACGGUGUUUAUGAAACCAGGCAGGAUAUGCCCAGUUUUCAGCACUUCAGAUCUUGGCAUUGAGUGACACGGCGCACAGUGUGAGAAGGAAACUCUUCUGUGGGUACGAGGGAUAACAAUUGAAUUCCUUGCUGCCCCUUUCCAUUUUUUUGUGUAUUCUGGGGAAGAAAUAUCCCUUUGAUCUGCCUCUCAUCUCCCAAGUGUUUCCCAGCCCUUCCUGGAAGAAAAUGUUAUUGGUAGCGUCCGUAGAACGUGUUGCACAAUCAGCUUGGCUUGUGUCCUUUGUGGCACCUCUAACUUCACCCUAUUUCCCCCCUACACCUCUUUAUAAUGUCCUGUUAUUCUGGAAAGUUGGACAUGGAAGGCUGAGAACCAAUUUCAGAUGAGAGAAAUGGCAUUUGGGUGUGUGUGUUUUCUUUUCAGUUUGGGCGCAAACAUUGGCAGUUCCAUGGAACAAGGAGCAUGAGGCCAUAGAGCAGAGGGCUUGGGAAAUGUAUUGGACUCCAACUCCCAUCAUUCCCAGCCAUGCAGACCGGUGGUAAAGCACGAUGGGAGUUGGAGUCCAGUCUGGAGGACCAAUGUAGAUUUGUUUGGGUACAAUAUGGAAUGAUUUCAUUGUUUUUACAAACAUAGAGGAACAUGGGUGGCCUCUGCUUGACUCAUUUAUCCACUUGCGGGUUUUAUGAACAGGGAAAGAAAAUUAAAGUUAAGUCUCAUCGUUCUAGGAUUUACUAUUCCUCUGUAAUCAAUCUCAUAUAUUUUCCAGGAUUAUUUGUACUUUAUAACUCGUAUGCACUCUGGUUUUCAUAUUUUUGUUUUGUUUUUGUUUUGUUUUAAUGUAUUUUUAUUAAAGAUUUUCUUGAUUUACAGAAGUAUGUGUAAUGUCUCUCUCUCGUAUUUUUUCCAUGUAACGUUUUUACAAAUCGGUUUCAUUUGUUGAGAUAUUAGCAAGAAAAGGGGGAAAGGGGGAAGAUGGGUAGGGGUGGGGUUGGGUGCCAAUGUUUCUAUUUCAUUUAAUAUAUGUAGGGUUUGGUGUCAGCGUUGCUUGUGCAGGUUCUCUGCUGUUCACUUGUGGUGGUGAGAGAGGUUGGGGUUGGCCUAGGGUGUGGUUGCUUGUAACAGCGUUUUCAUAUUUGAGAUGUGCGUUGCCAUCUUUGCAAGGUUCAGUAAAGUUUUUGAGGUCCUCGGUCUCCCCAUUUUCAUGGGUCAUGGAGUGUUUUGUGUGUGUGUGUGUGUUAUACCACAAAUUUGCAACGUUCUCUCCCUUUCGGUUUCCUUACCAUGGUGUCUCUGCUUUCUGCAGGUCAAAUCGUGCCUGCAAAUCGCAACACGCCAAGCCCCAUCGAUCCAGAGACCAUUCAGGUUCCAGUGGGGUAUGAACCUGACCCGGCUGAUCUCGCUCUCUCCAGCAUUCCUGGCCAGGAGAUGUUUGACCCCCGGAAGCGCAAGUUCUCCGAGGAGGAACUGAAGCCGCAGCCAAUGAUUAAGAAAGCCCGCAAAGUCUUCAUCCCAGAGGAUCUGAAGGUAAAUUGGGACCGGUGUCCAACUUGGUGGAAACUGCUCUGGAGGUCCAGAGAGUAAGGCAUGGUCCUAGAGCCAUUCUGCUGAUUUCUAGAUGGACUAAAAUGUUCUGGGAUUAGGACAUAGAAUAACAUCCUGGAGGGCCACUUGUACCACUUUCAGGGUUAGACAGGGUUUCUUGUUUAUGGCCCAGAGAGCAAUAAGGUUGUCAAAUUGAAGCGCACAGGAACCUUACAAAUCAAAACUUCCCCUUCCUGCAUUCUAUCUAAUAGGUCAAAUGCAAUUAAAAGUGAAACAUUAAAAUAUUAUUAAAAUAAAAAUACACCUUGGGUCUCUGAUUAUUCUAUUCCUUCCUUCCUUCCUUCCUUUUUUCUUUCUUUCUUCCCUUCUUAAAAAAAAAAUCUGAGCUGUGUUGCUUUCAUUUGACCUGUCUGAUCCACUUCAAUUUUUCUGUGUGGCAGGUUUUUAUCCCUAGACAAGUGCUUCCUUGGCUCCCUCAUUCUCUGGAAUGAAAGAAGCUGCUAUUUAAUCAUCCAAAAAUAAUGUCGGCACAUAAGAUUUUGAGAGCCAAGUGGAUUAAAAGUUAAUGAAUGGUGAAACUCACAGAGCGAGGGGUAGAAUGGUUCUCCGGUUGAAACAUCUUAAUGGUUGCCCAUAACAUGGCAUGAUCUGAAGGCGCAGGAUGUAGCAACUUUGCUGAAGCUAAGGGGGUUUAGGUGAGGUCAAUGUUUGGAUGGGCAACCAUGAAUAUGGGAAGGGACCUGGCGGCGGUAUAAAAAUAUCUAUAAUAAAAUCAAGCAGUUAUCCUUGAGUUCCCAUGUGAGAUAAAGGUUUGGGUUCAUUUGGGAAGGAGGACAGGACAUAAAUAUACAGUAAUUAUAAAUAUAAAUUUAUUUCUUGUAUUUAUUCAAAGAAAACUAUAUAAAUUGCUCAAUUGUAGUACAGUCGUACCUUGGAUCUCAAAUGCCUUGGCUCCCAAAUGAUCGAAACCUGGAAGUGUGUUCCGGUUUUCAAAUGUUCUUUUGGAAGCCAAAUGUCCAAUGGGGCUUCUGUGGCUUCCGAUUGGCUACAGGACCUUCCUGCAGCCAAUCGGAAGCCGUGCUUUGGUUUUCGAACGUUUUGGAAGUCAAACAGACUUCCGGAAUAGAUCCCGUUUGACUUCCAAGGUACGACUGUAAAACCUUUGAGUUGCAAGGAAUAUUGAAAUUAUCAAGAAACUCAUUUAAAAAUAAAUAAAAUGAACAGUAAAAGAUAUAACACUAAUACUAAAAAUAAAUAGUCAGGAUAAUUUAGUUCCCAGCUAAUUGGGAAAUUGCCUAAAAUUCUUAUGUUUGCGAUUUGUUGUUUGUAAAACAGGGAUGGAGGGGUAUGUCUAACAAAUCAUACAUAUUCUUAAUAUUGGUGUGUUGAGCUGCAGCUUAUGGGACGCGGGUGGCACUGUGCUCUAAAACCACAGAGUCUAGGGCUUGCCGAUUGGAAGAUCGGCGGUUCGAAUCCCCGCGAUGGGGUGAGCUCCCGUUGCUUGGUCCCUGCUCCUGCCAACCUAGCAGUUCCAAAGCACGUCAAAGUGCAAGUAGAUAAAUAGGUACCACUCCGGCAGGAAGGUAAGCGGUGUUUCCGUGCGCUGCUCUGGUUCGCCAGAAGCGGCUUACUCAUGCUGGCCACAUGACCCGGAAGUUGUUUGCUUCCCUCGGCCAGUAAAGCGAGAUGAGCGCCGCAACCCCAGAGUCGUCCACGACUGGACCUAAUGGUCAGGGGUCCCUUUACCCUUUAAGCUGCAACUUAAAGUUAAGUACCUUGGCUCCCGAACGCCCUGGAACUCAGACGUUUUGGCUCCCGAACACCCCAAACCCAGAAGUGAUUGUUCUGGUUUGCGAACGUUCUUUUGGAACCCAAACGUCCAAUGGGGCUUCCACGGCUUCUGAUUGACUGCAGGAGCUUCCUGCAGCCAAUCAGAUGCCACAGUUUGGUUUUGGAAGUCAAGCGGACUUCCGGAACGGAUUCUGUUCGACUUUCAAGGUACGACUGUACUGUAGUUUGCUCGGAAGCCCUUAACCAUAGUUUCUCAGUUCGGGCAUAAAUUAGAAACUGUAGCCAACUAUGGCUUCCUGACCUGCUUUCCCUGGUUGCACAAAGGGAGGAACGAAGUAGCUGUGUGCAGGGGAACAAGGCUAAUUCAUAUCUCAGCUUAUUAAGUCCAGAUGACAUCCUAGUGCAACCAGUGCGUGCAUAUUCACCGUGUUCAUUUACUGGCUUGCCUCAAGAAACAUAAACCUUUGAAUACAUUGGAACAGUUAGAGGACGGAACCUGGGGAAAACUAAGAGCAGGGAAGCGCUGUCAAGCCCCUUGCUUGCUCAGUGGAGUUUACGGCUGUCAUUCUAGUUUCUUCUAAGAUAACAGCGAGAGUUGCCCUCGCCUCUUCCCAGAAUGUUUGGUCACAGCUUUCUCCCGUUUCCCAUGGUGCAGAAGAGUAGUUCUGGAAAGGGGUAAGCAGAUUAGGCCGGCCAAUCGUCUCUCGGCUGCAUGUGAUUCUAGAUGCCAGCCCUGCUUCUUUCAGGACCGGAUUAAAGGAUUUGCCUUUGUAAUUUGUUAAAAUAAAGUUGUACGUGGCCUGGAUAAGCCCAGGAAUGAACUGAAGUUGAAGCUGGUUUUUGUGUUCUUUUGCAGAGAUGAUGACGGAGAUGUGAAAUUAUAAAGCCAAGAUGUAACCCACGGGGUGUAGGAAGAAUGGGAGGGGAAAGAGGGUUUUGGCAUAUCUCUGGAGCCAGGCUGCUGUGAUACACUGCAGUCUGGUACCCACUUACCUGGAAGCAAGCUCCACUGAACUCAGUGGAACUUACUUCUGAGUAGCCAGCUUUGUAUAGGGUUGCAUUGUAAGGAUGGUUUCAGAGCAUGCAAAUGUUACUUUUGGGUAGCUUAAAGUGCUUGCAUUUUAUUCCAGUCUUCCUCUCUGGGCAACAGGGAGUUGAGGGAUAUUUUUUAAAAAUAAUAAAAAGUUGUGUGUCCUUGUUUCUCCUUUUUACAGGGUUUUGUAUGCUUUGUGUGACUUGCUGUUAUUUUUACAGAUUACAGUUUAGUAAUUCUUUGUUGCAAUUGAUAAGUGCAAACUGUUUAAUUAUUAUUUGCUGUUAUUUAACAUUUAAUACAUUUGAACAGAUUAUUAGAGAUUUUUUUAUUUGAUAUAACUUGUCUAUUUAAAAGUUAGUGUGACUUUUUUUUUUGUAUUGGAUCAGAUUGAUAUUAAGCGUGUGACCGUUUCUGUUUUGUUGUUUCUUCAGCUUGCAAACUGCCUUCUGUGUAUAGUGAUAGAGAAAGGCGGUGUACAAAUUGAAAGUGAACUAAAACAUUCAGAAAAGAGUGUUUCAGAAAUGAAACAUUCAGAAAUGAAAUGAAACAUUCACAAAAAGUAUGCAUAAACAUGAGAGUUAGAGACUUAAAACAAGAACAACAGAAGCCCAUACUACUUGGGAUUUUCAGAUUUGGUCUGCAUACAGACCAUACAUUUAAAGAAAUCCUACCAGAAAUCCUGGGAACUGUAGUUUAACCCCCACAGCACCGUUAACAAUAGUGCUGAGGAUUAUUUAUGUGACAACAACAACAACAGCAACAACAACAACUUAUUAUUUAUACCCCGCUCUGGACAGCUCCCAACAGAAUAUUAAAAAUUUGAUAAAACAUCAAAUGUCCAAAACUUCCCUAAACAGGGCUGCCUUCAAAUGUCUUCUAAAAGUCAGAUAGUUGUUUAUUUCCUUGACAUCUGAUGGGAGGGUGCCACCACAGAGAAGGCCCUCUGCCUGGUUCCCUGUAACCUCACUUCUCGCAGUGAGGGAACCGCCAAAAGGCCCUCGGAGCUGGACCUCAGCGGGCUGAACAAUGGGGGUGGAGACGCUCCUUCAGGUAUACUGGGCUGAGGCUGUUUAGGGUUUUAAAGGUCAGCACCAAUACUUUGAAUUGUGCUCGGAAACGUACUGGGAGCCAGUGUAGGUCUUUGGGGACUGGUGUUACAUGGUACCGGCAGCCGCUGCCAGUCCCUAGUAUGACAUGUAUGCAGCCAAGGCCGAGCAGAAUAUAUGUAGCCCUGCCAGUAGAAGUGCGCUGUGCCGACCCUGCCCUGGUGCCUUGUAGCAGAAGCUCCGUUAAUCUGCUGAAGUCUAACGCUGCCUUUCUCCCUCUCUGUGAUUAAUGAGCAGGAUGACAAAUACUGGGCAAGACGCAGAAAGAACAACAUGGCUGCCAAGCGGUCCAGAGACGCUCGAAGGCUGAAGGAGAACCAGAUUGCCAUUCGCGCCUCGUUCCUGGAGAAGGAGAACUCCGCUCUGCGCCAGGAAGUGGCCGAUCUACGGAAAGAGCUGGGCAAAUGCAAGAAUGUCCUCGCCAAGUAUGAAGCCCGGCAUGGUCCUCUGUAAAUGGCAUUCCCACCCACCCCUUUCUGUCCUCCCUUUCUGCCCCUCCUUCUUCUUUCUUUUCUUUUCUUUCUUUUUUCUUUUCGGUGGGUUGGCAUUUGAAUCGAUGGACAGUGUGUUUAUUGCUUGAUAGCACCACACCCAAACGCCCCCAACCUUUCACCAUCAGCACUUUACCAGGAAAACAGAAACAAAACAAAAAAACAGCGUACAACUUUUUUUUUCUAUGUGCGUACACGCAUGCGCGGGUCUGUGUAUGUGUGGGCGUGUGUGCAUGUUCACCUCAGCACUCCCCAUUUUUAUGGAAAUGGAAGGGUGACUCGUUUUCACUGGGACUGCUGAAACCUGCCAUAGUUAAGCUUUUCAUUAAAUAAUUAAAUAUUUUCCAGUGCUGCUUUGAACUAGGUUUUAUUAUUAUUAUUAUUAUUAUUACUAUUAUUAUUUUACCCUUUUGCCAUUCCCUUGAUUUAAUUUCGAAAACGAGAACGGAAAGAAUGAAUCACGCUAUAAAUGGAGGAGGAAGAAAACAAAGCCUACCCUCCCUGAAUCUAUUGUUUAAAUAUGCCUAAUCAGACAUUUUUAACUUGCUACUGCAAAUGCACAAAUGAUAUUUUAAUGCUACACUGCAGAAAUAUUUAAUUUAUAGAUUUUUCUCCUUCUUUUGUUUUGUUGUGUUCUUAAGCUUUGGUGAUUAAAAAAAAGAAGAUAUCUUCAGGCUCGCACUGCUGCUGAUAGUUUUCUCGGUAGAUCUCGUAAGAAACAGCUGAUAGUUUCCUUUCAUGGCUCUAAAACCCAAAAACUGCAAAUAAAUCACAGGGAGUGUUAUUUUUUGUUUUGUUUUGCACAGCCUGAACCUAAGCAAUAAUCCUCUUGUGCACUCUGGUAUGUUACUUGCAAUGUUCCAGGUGGACAUAGGAUCACCUGCCCUACCUGAUAAGAUAAUUUUCCACUGGGUUUUCCUUUGUAAUUUGUAAAAACUUAUUGAUAGGCUGCUACAAGAACCUCUCAAACAUGGUUUGGUUUUUAAUUGCUGGAAGCUGUCCCCACUGAGCGAUUCAAAUGCUCAAACAGAAAAGUGGGGGAUAAGUUUUCUAAAGCAGUCAAGCGAUGGUGCAGGCAGAAGGUGCACUUAGAGGGCCAGUCUAGGCAUUUUGCCACCUUAUGACAAAUCAAAGUCUUGCUCCCCCUGCUGGUGCCAUACGCUGAGCACAACGUUAACAUUACCAAGUGCUGACUUAGGAUACUGUUCUGUUAAAAAUUGCCCGUUAACUUCUUCUACACUUCCAUACAGCUAUGUCUGCCCUUUAGUGAGGGGUGUGUCUGUGCAGAAAUCAAAAGGCUGUUGACUGCAGGAACGGGGAGAGGCCUUUGGCUCGCUGGAUGUUGCCGGACUACAACUCCCAUCAUCCUUGGCCAUUGGCCACACUUGCUGUGGCUCAUGGGAGUUGGAGUCCGGGAGCAACUGGAGGGCUACAACUUUCCCGUUGCUGCUGCGUGGGAUAUUCAACCCAGCCAUCGAGCUGCUCUGCUGCCCCUAUGGACCUCCUCCGAAAUUGCAGGCUGCUACAGUUUGUCAAGGUGGUGACAGCCAAAACAGGCAGUUCUCAGAUUGUGGCACCACAAGAGGUUGUGUAGUUUUACCUCCCCAGUUGGGCCAGCCUGGUGCAAAUAUACUGCUGUGCUUGCAGAUGUCCACCGCCUUCCCCCCAAACUGAAAGUAUAACUGGUCCAGACUCCUAUGGCAACAUCGAUUCCCUAUUAAUGGGGAGAGGAUGAGGUUGUGUUUGGACUCAGCCCCACACCUGCCCCAUUCCUCAAACAGCCCACUGGUGUUAAUAGGGCAUAAGGGGGCAGUGAUUGCCCUUGCUGGAUUGGGGUGCAAAAGACACAUGGCAAUUCGUUGGCAAGAGAACAAAAACGAAAACUUUCAAAUAUUCACCGCUUUUGGAGUUUGGAGGGUUUAUUGUUAUUAUUGCUGUUACGGUUGUUAUUUCCUUUGCCAUUUGCAUUUAUUCAAGUCCUGUUUAUGUGAUUAAAGACUUUAAAUUCAGCUGUAUAUUCAACUUUUCUGUAAAAUACUUUCUGUGGACUUCUCCCUUGCUGUUUCUCUAGAUUCUUUUGACUCGGCGAGAAGUCACUUUUUGCAAAACCUACUUUUCCUUGAGAUGUUUUGUUUCCGAUUGUAUCAUAAAACCGAUGGCUCUCAAACUUUCUCCUGUUGUUUUCCGCUUUUUGUUCUCAUUUUGCUUUCGACACUUGUGUUAUAUUAUAGUGGACUUUCUGCAGGAGAUUUUUUUAAAAAGUGAAUGUAGGAGAUGCAGGUCUGUAUGGAAAGGUGAUGGUGUUGUCAUACUGUGGCGAAUCCAAUCCAUACAAAUGUUUUCUGAAGACCAAAAGAACACGAUUAUUACGAUAUGUAUAAAGUUUCUACAGAAUCAUUAGAGUGUGCUUUUUUUGUACAGUAUUUUUCAAGGACGAAUGCUGAUUGUGUAUUUUGAGAGAGAGAGAGAGCAUAUAUCACAGCGAGGAGAAAUAAAAAGAAAUUAUUCCAUGUUUAAAGGCAGAGCAAAGAUAUAUAUCUCUUUAUAUAUUCGUUAGCAUUGUACAGAGAGGAGACGCUUCUAGAUUGUUGUUCCCCCUUCCCCCUUGAGAUCUUUCUUAUUUUUUGCUUACCACUGAGACUUUGGAAGGGUUUUGUGCUUUACGUUGGGGCACGAUCCAUCGCCAUGUGGGUGCAGCUGCUUGCAUGCGAAGAGAUCGCAUUGGGUUGAAUCGGGCACUGCUGUUCCUUGCGCUCCUCAGCACGUGCCACCUUGGCGCAUGCUCAGAGGAUGAACACUGCGCACGUGGGCGACCAUGGGCCGGAUUGAGACAGGGAGUCGUGCAAUAUAUCCAUUUCUUGGUUCAGGGCGCUGCAGUGUAUGAAAGCCGCUAAAGGGAACAUACCUCACUGGGUCUUUGCAGAAUUCCUCCGUGCAUAGCUGGCCUUGCCCACAUUCGGAUGGAUUGUGCCCUAAACAUUUUAUGAAAGUUAAAAAAACAAACAAACCACGGUUCUCCAGGGUCCUUUGUAUUUCUAAUAAAUAAAUAACUGUUUUCCCAUUCAUGUAAUGAGGAUGGUUUUUUUCCAACAACAAUGCAGUGAGUCCCAUUUGCCAAGGGAAAAAGGCACAAAAUACUCUGUGAUGCUCAUCACAGGGCUUAAGUUAAACAGCAUCUUGACCGAAACAGUACUAAAGCUUGCACAUUCCCUGCCUUCUUUCACAUUUCACAUUUGCUGCUGUGGCAAGGUGUCGCCUCCACCCUGAGGAGCAUCCUUUUUGUGUGACUUCCUCUUCUUUUGUUCAUGUAUACACUUCACAAACCCAAUGGUUCUUUAGAGUGAGGCAGGCUUCCCAAAUAAUAAUACCAUAUUUUUCCAUGUAUAAGACUAUAUUUUUUCCUAAAUUUUUGAAGUUUAAAACAAGGGAUCGUCUUAUACACAGAUCGUGCAUAGUGCAUUUUCUUAAUUUGGGGUUUUAAAAAAAUAGGGGUCGUCUUAUACUUGGGGGCGUCUUAUACACGGAAAAAUACGGUAAUUUUUUAAAUUUGUAAACACACACACACACACACACACCAUCUAACUGGGUUGCCCCAGCCACUCUGGGUGGCUCCCAACAGAGGACAAAAACAGAAUAAAACUUCAAACAUUAAAAACUUCCCUAAACAGGGCUGGCUUCAGAUGUCUCCUAAAAGUCAGAUAGUUGUUUGUUUCCUUUACAUCUGAUGGGAGGGCGUUCCACAGGGCGGGCGCCACUACCGAGAAGGCCCUCUGCCUGGUUCCCUGUAACCUCACUUCUUGCAGGGAGGGAAUCGCCAGAAGGCCCUCAGAGCUGGACCUCAGUGUCCAGGCUGGAUGAUGGGGGUGGAGACGCUCCUUCAGGUAUACUGGACCGAGGCCGUUUAGGGCUUUAAAGGUCAGCACCAACACUUUGAACUGUGCUCGGAAAUGUACUGGGAGCCAAUGUAGGUCUUUCAGGACCGGUGUUAUAUGGUCAGGGCGGCCACUCCCAGUCUCCUGCCGCUUUCUGGAUUAGUUGUAAGGAAGGUCAAGCUGUGGAGUCUCCUGGAUGACUUCCUGAUGAACAUCUCUAUUGAAGAAGAAGACUGUAAGCUUCAUGCACCAUCCUUGGGGAACAAUUCACAUAUUACACAGAGGCAAACCAUGCUUUGCCGCCCAGUGUUUUUUUCCACAACAAGGAGGUUUAGCCAUUCAUAGCUUCUUGAGGAGCAACACCACAUUUGUCACCUGUAUGCCUGACAUUUUCAGAUGUCGGUGCUAUUUUUCUAGAAAAAGAGGUGCUGCAACUCACCAUGAACGCCUCCCUUAUUCUAUUACUACUACUACUACUACUACUACAGUGGUACCUUGGGUUAAGUACUUAAUUCAUUCCGGAGGUCCGUUCUUAACCUGAAACUGUUCUUAACCUGAGGCACCACUUUAGCUAAUGGGGCCUUCUGCUGCCGCCGUGCUGCUGGAGCAUGAUUUCUGUUCUCAUCCUGAAGCAAAGUUCUUAACCCGAGGUACUAUUUCUGGGUUAGCGGAGUCUGUAACCUGAAGCGUAUGUAACCCGAGGUACCACUGUACUACUACAAUUUAUAUACUGCCCUUUAUUAAAAGAUCUCAGGGUGGUGUACAACAUUAAAAACACAUUACAGAACAUCAGUGAUAAAUCAUAAUAAAAACAUCCUUUUGGGCUCUGUCAGCCAGUGAGGCAAUGGCUCCCACCUGAGAGGUACUGCAACUGAGUUCUAGUGAGUUCCAGCUAGAAGAAAACUGUCAGAAGUUAAGCUGAAAAUUGCAAUGUAUGCGACAGGUCUCGGGUGCUUUUAAUUCCUGUUGAAAUUAUAAGGUACACUGGGUGGUAUUGAACUUUUACUCAUAGUCAUGCUCAUUCAUUUCAGUGGGUCUACUCUGUGUAAAACCUAGCUGACCUGAAUUGCACCCUUUUGUGUGGAUUCUUGGGGCCAGGGUCAUCCCUAUGCCUCUUAUUGCCUGUGGGUUAUGACUUUCCGACUCGUGAAACACUGAUUCUGCCAUUUCCUUGCCCACCUCAUUCUGCCUCUGGUUGAGGACUAGGUCAGGCCCAGCCAGGUGAAUUAUCUGUAUUAUGGUUUGCCAUUGUUACACUCAAACAGGCCAGAAAAGUUAUUUCCUUGUCACGAUGAGGCUUGCUCUAACAAAGCAAAAACAAAAACGGGUGCACAUUAUUCGUACAUCAGGAAGUUAUGGUGCUAUGGGUUUCUCGAGAAUUGCUUUCUUCUCAAAGCAAACACUUGUUUAUUCCAAUAAAACGCACCUUAUUCUGAAGGUGAUUUAGUCAAAAAUACACCUUAUUGUGGCAUAGGCAAUUUUGAUUUCCCAUUAUUAUGCAGAUUUCCUGGAGAGGGUUUUGCCCCUCCGAAAAAUGUACCACUUGUUUGACCAUGUCUGUAUUUCUAUGGACCAUUAUUCCAGUGGAGGGAAUAUGUUGUAGCUAUUUAGAAUGUAAGCUAUUAUUUACUGGCCAGUAAAAAAGAAAAAGGAAAAAGUUAUUUAAUAAUAAAUAAAAAGAUCCCACGUCUGUAAAAACGAAAGUCAUAGAUGCAACCCAAACAAAGAUAAAAGUUCCAUGGAGUCCCAUUGAGUCCAGCGUGGGAGGAGAGCACAUAUUCAAACUCCUUCCUAUUGAAAUCAAUGAGACUUAAUAGUGCUUAACUCUGGCUGAUUCAUGCUCAGGUUUUUGUUUUUUAAAAAAUGCCCUUUAAAAAGACAAUGCCAGGCUGUGGGCACAUUUCAGGGAGCAAAAAAUGAAGGGGAAAAAAGGCCUUUUAAAAAUUAUAAUUCUCACAUUUCUAUGGCAGAAUGCACACGACUGUUUCAUGUGGUGAUUGCGACAUGAUGUUUGAAUAUGACUGCAGGCGCUGAUCUGAUGUCUGCCAUGGGUGUUUUGAUUCUCCAAUGUGCAAUUAGGUCGGGAGGAAAGGACUCGAGGUUACAGUGUCCAUAAGCAAUAAUGUAGGGAACCUGGUGGAUGUUGUCAGAGUCCAGCUCCCAUCAUCCCCAUCUAGAAUGGCCAGUAGAGACAUUGGGAGUUAUAUAUGGGAGUUGGGAGGGUCACACAUCCCCUGUCCCUGGCGUAGAACCUACGUACCCUGGAAAAGUGUUAGUGAUUUUUUUAAAAAAAUAUGAUACCACAAUUCUUCACAAGUCUAAUCAGACAUAAAUCCCACUGGGUAAGUAGGUAUAGGACUGCAACCUUAGAAGAAAAAAAUAACUUUGGCUUGCGGUAAACCAGGGUUUCCCAAACUUGGGUCUCCUGUUUUUGGACUACAACUCCCAUCAUUCCUAGCUAGCAGGACCAGUGGUCAGGGAUGAUGGGCAUUGUAGUUGGAGACCCAAGUGAUAAGCCAAUAACAUGACUGCUUUACCAAACUCAGCCUAAAUUUUUGGGUUGGGUGAAUCAGUCCUUUUCGCAUCUUUAGUUGCUAGACUUCAGCGGAACCUUUUGAGGCAUUAAAGAAAUACAUAUGGCAUAUAUAUAUAUAUAUAUAUAUAUAUAUAUAUAUAUAAUCUGCAAGACAUAAAGUUCUGCUGCAGACUUCGUGGUCUUGUAUGCACUGCUCUUUUAAAAGCUUAUUUUCAGAAGCAAUGACUUUAUCUUAUGGUUCCAGGUAAACUUUGAAUUUUCCAGGCAGAGUGGUUAGGGGUAUGUUCGAUUAAGUUUGGUUAUACUGCACAAAUUAUACAAAGGUUUCUACAAACAGUUAGCGGUAGUAACUUAUAACAACUGCCUAUAUUUUGUGGCAUUGAGCAUGCGGUGAAGCCAUCGCUUCACCUCUUAACCCUGUACCUGUUGCUUGGUCUGCAAACCCUCAAGGCGAAUUUCCUGCUGCUUCCGAGAGGAUUCCCACUUUGGCCGGCCAGCCGGCCAGCCUCACAGCUGGCCCGCCAAAGCACACUGGUGGCCAACUUAUUUGGAAGGACAAAGUGAGUGAAAACGACAAGCCAGGCGCCAGGAAAAUAACAGGCACAAUCUCAAGGGACGGGUGGCUGCUAUUGGACUGCAUCGUGGCACAGAACCCGCCAGCAAAAGCUCCCUGACCCGAUCCCAUGGCAGAACUGGGUUUUGUUCUGAUUGGUGACUCUGUAACUCUGGUCAGCAAUUUGACAAGCUAGAGGGCCAAUCUAAGACAGAUGGCCGUGUGGGGAUACGAAGAGAUAUCCCUUCUAAAAUCUCCAGACUGGCACAUCUGCUGGGAGGGAGUUACAGGAAACCAGUAACUGGAAGCCUGGCUAUGGCUAAAAGGCUCUCUAUACCUGACGGUUGUCAAUAACCCAAGUCUGGCCUGGUACCAUGAACUGUCUGCCCCUGCUGUAUAGGAUUUGAGAUCACACAUCAUUCCAUGAGAGUCAGGUGUAUGUAAAGGAGCAAAACCUAGCCUUAUCUUUUGAGCUGAUGUUUCUUCUCCUGCGAUACCUGCCUUUGUUUUUACUCGGGAGUGUGUGUAUGUGUGUGUGUGUGUGAGAGAGAGAGAUUGUGAGGUUGGAUUAGCGCAUGCAUGUACUUUGAAAAACGGAAUAGUGAUUUUGCAUAUUAUUCUUUUAACUUGGAAAAGGAUAUAAAACAAAAUACUAGAUCCGGACUAUGUUAAAUGUCCCGUUGAAAUCAGUGUGAGAAGUUGAGUCAUGAGAGGCCUUGUGUCCCACCGAUUUCUUUGUGUCCAAAAUACAGUGAACUUAGUCCGGUACCAAUCUUUUGUUCACUUGCUCUCUCCCAUGAUCGACCACUGUAUUUCUGGCCACACCACAAGACCACCUCUGUUAACAGGAUUUUAACAAAUAAGAUCAAAUUUAAUGUAUGUCAUGAAAUGGAUUGCGUUCUGUAUGCUUUUCAGCCCAAAUCUUCCUGUCU